AUGUACAUAUCAAGCCUUAUUGUGAUGUCUUACUCCUCCUAUUACAUCAUCAUAUUUUGUUCAAAUAAUUCAGUGGCCCAGAGGGAGACGGUUGCAAUCAGACACACAGAAUUUCAAGCAGGCAAGUUAAACCAAAUGGUCAGAACAUGUGGGAUUUAGUUUGGGGACAGAAGGAGGGAGCACAGGUGUCUGUGAUCUCUUAAAAGUUUGACUUAUGUGCCGUAUCUACUGGGCCUAACUAGUUAAUGGCUUGUAUAAGAUUUGAAUUGGGACAUCCUGGUCUUUAUAAUUGCAGUGUCUUAACCGCUGGACCACUUGAGUUGAAUUUAAAUGAACAGUACUAGAAUGCGAAUAAGAGAGUUCUUGACUAAUUUAUUAACAGUGGUUUGGUGCUGGUUUUUCUCCUAGAUCUAUAGUUGUCAUGUAUGCCAGGAAAUAUCAGAGGCUAACUGUACUUCUAGAAAAUGUUGCAUAUUACCUCCUAGAUUUUUCUGUUCUAAGAGACAACCAGUGCCCCAGACCCUGCGCCUAGAUGCUCAAAACUGCUUUUUAUCAGUGGGGUUUUUGAUCCAGUUUCCAGAUUCUUCCAGGUAUUCCAGUAAUAGCAUACAAGAAAGACUUCUUGUUUUUCAGCACCUCACAGCCUGUUGGGGGAACUGGAACUUGUAGAACAAGAGGCUGGUUGCAAGGUCAGUGCUACUCACUGAAAGAUUUUAAAGUUUCAGCAGAAAUGAUUCAAAACAAAAUUCUUAUGUUAAUAAUGCUCUUAGUAAUAAAUGAACAUUCCUUUCAAAAGCAAAAAAGAAGGGGCCUUGCCACCAAGGAGCCUACAGUCUAAAUACGUGCCUUCAGAUUGGUUCAGAAGUUUGUUUGUUUGUUUUAAUUGUUGUGUCAGAUAACUAUGGCUGCAGUCCUAAUAUCACUUAACUGGGAGUAAGCCCCAUUGAAAGCAACAGGACUUACUUUGAGUAGGAUUGCACUGAAAAUCUUUUUAUCAUUGGGAAAACUAUCAAAUUGGCACUCGUAACUUACCAUCAGAAGGUUUUCUUUUAGACAGUCACUUUUUCUGUAACUUGUGAGGUCUUGAAUUCUUAACAUAAUUUUUGAUGGUCAGUUUUCAUUCAAGAGAUGCCUUAUUUGAGUUCACCACUUCUAAUUCUAUAAAUAUAACUUCUUGCUGGCUGUUAUAUUUGGUAUGUUAAUCAAUGGAAGAUAUAUUUUUUUAAUUCCCUCUGCUGUGUGGUAAAUACUGAGAAAACUGGGCCAUUUUAAUUUUUGGAAGAAACUAUUUAUUUAUUAAAUUUAUAUACUGUUCAUCUGAGAAUCACAGGGUGUUUUACAAUAUAGAAACACAAAAAUACAUGGCAUAAAAGCAAACAUAACAGUAACACAUACACAUACACAUAGAGGUCAUAGAUUGUUCAGUUAGUCAACUAUUGACGAAUACAGAUAUCAAAGGAAUAUAAAAAGGGGGAAUCCUUUAUUUAUUAACCUGGAGUGUUAGCAUAAACUAUGGAAUAAUAAUAAUAAUAAAUUUUAUUUAUAUCCCACCCUCCCCAGCCAAAGCCAGGCUCAGAGCGGCUAACAACAGUAAAAUAAUACAAUACAAAAUAAUAAUACAAGGAGGCUAGUGCAAAAAGUCUCCUAUAUGAAAUGUUUGUGUUUCCUCUUGACACCUCUAAAGGAAUAUCCAUAAUGUGAAGUUAUCCUCUAGAUCUGAAAUUUUAGUUACAUGAUACACAGCUGGCAUUUUCUUUGAAACAUCUGGUGGGUGUGCACUGUAGGUUGUAUGAGCCCUUUCCACUUUCUAGGGCGAUGAGCCUUGGCAGUAUUAGAGCUGGUGUCAAAGAGGCUGCAUUGGAAGUUGUCCCACAGAAGACUGCCCAGAUAUUGAAAAUCUGGCGGAUGCAGCCUUACUUACUCUAUUGUCUUUGAAUAAAUACAAAUUCUGGUGACACUUUGGACUUUAAAUAAUACAAGAUUUAGCAGUGGAGAAAUUUCAGUCUGGGAUAAAGGUAAAGGUAAAGGGACCCCUGACCGUUAGGUCCAGUCGUGGCCGACUCUGGGGUUGCGGCGCUCAUCUCGCUUUAUUGGCCGAGGGAGCCGGCGUACAGCUUCCGGGUCAUGUGGCCAGCAUGACUAAGCCGCUUCUGGCAAACCAGAGCAGCACACGGAAACGCCGUUUACCUUCCCGCUGGAGUGGUACCUAUUUAUCUACUUGCACUUUGACGUGCUUUCGAACUGCUAGGUUGGCAGGAGCUGGGACCCAGCAAUGGGAGCUCAGCCCGUCACGGGGAUUCGAACCGCCGACCUUCUGAUCGGCAAGUCCUAGGCUCUGUGGUUUAACCCACAGUGCCGCCCGUCCAGAAUAGUAAUAAAAGUUGAUUUUCCUUCUAACAUAAGGAACUUCCAGAAUUUUGUCGUCAGCAUAGUUUGCACUGCAACCAAAUUCCCAGUCAAGAGUGUUGGUCUGUCUAGCAGAGUAUUGUCUAUUUUGAUUGGCAGUGGCUCUUCAAGGUUCAGGCAGAGGUGUUUCCUAGCUCUGUUGAGAUAAGAGUCCCAUUGAAGAAUGCAUGCACACACAUACAUAUAUUAGGGCUGUUGGCUGAUUAAAUAAUUUUUAAUUGAUCAUAGGCCUUUAUCCAUUGAAUUGGACACAGACCUUUUAUACAAUUAAUUGGAUACGUUUAAUUUUCAUAUGAUAAAAGAACCUCCCUGUGGUGCCUCUGAGAGAUAUUGACAGAGAUGUGAGUUAUAAUAAACAAAAACUGCCACUCAUUGGAAGAAAGGCUGUUAAUAGUAACACACAGCGACCAAAAUAACUUCAGAAAUAAAUAUGCCCUUAAUUUUCAGCUCCGUCAGUUAAAAAUUUCCCUCUCUGAUAAAUGAAGUAAAGCUGAUAUUCUGAUUUUAAAGCUUGCAGCCCUAAUCUGUAUAUUUACAUUAAUCAAAAUGGGAAUGCAUCUACUACGACUAUGCUCUCUUUCCAUAUCUGUUUUUGUUUUAUUGCACAGAAGACUGCCCAUCUAUCUGUGAAGACUUGUAGCAAACCAGUUUGCCCUCCAUACUUGAAGAUUUUGGUUCCUCUUUUGCUCCAUGUGGCAAAUGGGUCAAGCCUGUCUUUCAUGCAUGAUGCAAGGUAAGCUAGUAAGAAGACUGGCAUUAGAAAUGGAUUGACCUAAUUUUGAAAGUUUAACAAUGAUUAUAUUUUGUAAAUCUCUUUAUAGGUGAGCUUAACUGGCGGCCAGAACCACCCAACAUUUGUGUGUGUGUGUGAAUUAAUAAUUUAUGUCCUUAUUCAUCUUACAAAUACAUUUCAUGUAAAGUUUGGACUUAUUGUGUGAUGUUCAGCAAUUUAGAAUAAAUGCAUUGUGGGGGCAGAAAUCAACAAGCCGUUCCUGUAUCAUGCGGCACAUAACGGAGCGCGUUACUUCCGGGUUUCGCCGCUCGCGCAUGCGCAGAUGGUCAAAAUGAUGUCACGCACUUCUGGAUGUGAACGGGGCUCUGGAAUGGAUCCCGUUCGCAUCCAGAGGUACCACUCUGUGUGUGUGUGUGUGUGUGUAUUACCUUAGAAUUCCGAUAACAGUUGUAAGAAUGCCGUUUGUUUUAUGUCUGCUUUGGUUACUAUAAUAUGUAGUUAGGGCUAGCAGUUUGAUAUGUAUACAGUGCAGGAUUUUGCAGGGCAAUUGACAAUCUGAAAACUCAAAUCUUAGAAUCCCAACUUUCAUUUUCCUAGUCCCCAUGGUUGCAGAUAUUUUUGUAGGUGUGUAGGCAAUGCCUGCAAAAGGUUUGGUUCUGUGUAAAGGAGAAGCAUUCAAACAGACGCGUUUUCCUUAAGUUUUGAAGUUACACUUGAAUCUUGCAUGCAAGUCUUUAUUUCUUAUGUUGUGAGUUUUCCUUGUACCCCUGGCAAGAUGACUGCCUCUAUUUAAGAUGCACAAUUGUAUUUUGUUUUAGCCACUGCCUCUUCCGGGGAAACCAUUUGGUGUAAUGAGUCAAACCACUUUUGUUCACUAGUCUAACAAGUUAAUUGAUGAAAGGAUUGCUGCCCUAAUCUGCGUAUUUAGUCUCUCUGUCUACUUACAAAAGCUACAUGAAUUAGUACACAUUAGCCCAGGGAUAGUUGCUGCCCUGCGCUUUCUGCAGAUAAAGUUUUGGGUAAUGCACUCAGGUGGUUCUUACUUAAAUCAGCCAUACUCAGUUAUUUGGGCUCUUUUGGGACGAUGGGCAGGAUACAAAUUUAAUAAUGAAUAUUUAUUUUGACCAAUAUGUUAUUACAAAUUCUCAUAGGUCUGGUAAAUAGUUUUCAUAUGACAACUAUAAGGCUUCUUUCCUACAAAAAGAGAUGUUUUGUUUUUUGUUAAGAAUUAUGACUGAUCAAUGAGCGAGAAAAGGCCUUGCUAAUCAAUUUUAACAUAAUAUUUCUUUAUAAUGGCCCUUACUGGAGUCCAUUUAAUUACUGCAGUGGGAAACCUGUAAUGAGUGUUUAUAUAUAAUAUAUAAAUAUUUUUUUAAACCCAUCUUAACUGAUCAUGACUUUCUGUAUCCUGUCUCAUGGUUAUAAUUUGGGUGGGUAGUGUUAUUGCAUUCAUGAAUGGCUUAAUGAUGGCUACCUGCUUAUUUGCAUCAAUAUAGUUAACCCAAAAUAAUGUAUAUAUUUGCAAUAGUUGUAUACCGCUUUAAAAAAAGAAUACAUUGAUUUUAGUUUUUAUUCUCGUUCUGUUGUGUCUUACAGACCUUUCUGCAAACUACUAAUGGGAUGAACACAAUAUAUCACUUUUAUAAUAGCGAGCUAUUAAAGGCAAACAUAAAGCAGUCUGAAGGCCAUAAGUGCUGCCAACAGCUCCUGCUUUAAUGAAUUCCCUUUUAGAUGUCCAUUAAAUGCUCAUGGCAAAUGUACUCAUAAUGGAAAUGGCAAAUCUAAAUGGGUAGAUAUGAAUAAUCCAUGGAGUUUAAAUUCUGUUUAUGAUCAUCUUCACAUUUAGUUUUCAAGACAGCACAGUUUAGUUUUCAUUACAGUUUGGAAUAAAGAGGACAGGGAGUAAUUGAUUGCUUCAAGCAGAUUAAAAUCAAUGGUCUUCUUUCCAAAGAACGAGUUCAAUGCCAUAAUUCCAACUUUAAAUAUUGAUUUAGGGAAUUCAACACAAUGUUUUGUGCUGUGUGAAUUUUAUAUAAAGACAAAUAUUAAUUUUAUGUAUUAUAUGUAUGUAUAUAGAACCACGGCACGGCUGUUAGCAGUAUGUGCAUGAGUUAAUAGUGAUCUAUAUUAAGUCAUUUUGAUAUUAUUGCAGUCAUAAUGAAUCAAUGAUAUUCCCGUCAUCAUUGUAAUACUGUUUGUAACCCAUUAGCACAGAGAAAUUACAACCCAUCAUACCUCAUUAUAGUGAUUGAGGGUUUAUUACCAUAUUCUCAAAUUGCUUGCUUGCGAUAAAACUAAAUAGGCACCAGACAACUGUAGGUAGAACAUAGACUAUGUGUUAUCAUACUAGGGUAAUGAAGGAUUGUUAUAGCAUAAUAGGACAAAAUCUAUGCAGAAAAUAAACUUGCCAGUUGAAAAGAGCCGGAGAGUAUUUUUUAUACUUGUCAGUGUAUUAAAGGUCAAACAUUUGUUUUCAUCAUACUGUUUAGCAAAUUUCAGGAGUCAUAUGGCUUUUACACUUGAAUAGGUGCUGCACUGGAACCUUUUAAAGCCUUUAGAUCACGUACUGUAACGUGCAGCUCAUACAUAAACUGACAAGCUCUAUGGUGGUAUUUAAAUAGCAUUAUUUUUGUUGCAGAACUGUACCAGUUAUUUUUACUAAAUCCCAUUGUUCUAUUGAGUUAUGUGCAUUGUUUGAGAGAAGGGGAUUUAGACUCUUAAGAGUCACAAUCAAGGGUGACACAUUGUAUGCCAGAAGCAACUUUUGGGCCCUCCAAACAUUGAGGGACUCCUAUCUCCCUAUUCGUUGGGACAUGCCUUAUGGUUCUGGUGUGAGUCAGAGUCCCCAUCCAGGCAAACAGAAAAGGGGCAUAUGUUGUUGUUGUUGUUGUUGUUGUUGUUUGUUGAAUUUUUUGGUCACUUUCUCUUGCCAAAGGCAGCUCAAAGCAGCUUACAAGCAAAAAUCUGCAUGAACACAUUAAAAUGCAUGGAUACAUUUAAAGCAAAUAUAAAUACAUUAAAAUGCAGAGAUACAUUUAAAACAAACUCAUAUUUCACCAAUAUUUUGGUGCUUAGACUUCGGACAACUAAACUGAAAGGGCUGGUCAUUGAUAAAUUAUGAAAGCUCAUUUCAAACUGGAUUUUUUAUUAUUAUUAUUAUCUACAGGGCAGGUAGAAUUGCAAGCAUAUGCAAGAGUUUAUUGUCCUGGGGUAAAAUUUGUUUCACAUUUUAUGUGUGUGUGUUUGUGUGCGAGAGAGUUUUUCUUUGUGUGCUUAUGUCCAACUCAGUUCUGGUGUAGUGGUUAGAGUGCUGGACUAGGAACUGGGAGACUCAGCCCUGAAGCUCUCUUGGGUCUGUCACAGUCUCUCAGCCUAGCCUGUCUCACAGGGUUGUUGUAAGUAUAACAACAGGGAGGAGGCAAAUCAUUUUAUGCCACCUUGAGAUCCUUGGAGGAAUGGUAAACUAUAAAUGUAAUAAUAGAAAUAAAAAAUAAGUAAAGAGUACAGUUUCUACUGAGCUGCAAUAGAUUGGAGCGGGAAUGUCCUAUGUUAUGGUUCGCAAGCCGUGUAUGGUUUCUGAGACGUUUCUCCUAGUCUGUGCUAGUACUCUGUGUUGAGUCACACUCUGUCUUGUAAUAUUGUGGGGAAAGGUCAAGGAGUGUAUUUAAAGGGGAAAGCCUUGUUGGCCGAGUUAACUCCCUUUUAAUGAUGUAUUGCUCUCUAUCCGAGAGGACUAUCAGACUCUUUGUUCAUUUGGGUUUUUAUAUUAUCUGAAAAAUAUAAUAUCCAGUUGCUCUUGUCUACUGAGUUGUUCAUUUAUUUGGCCUUUUCUGAACAGAUCGUGUAAAUGUGGUGUUUUAUAUCUUUCUAAAAUGUUCUUGGGACCCUUCUAGUGCCUAAAAUGGUGUCCUUUAAGGUACUGUUAGAACGUUUAGUGCACAAACUGUGAUAGAGAUGCAAUAAAUAAAUGUUCUUUUGCUAGGCUAAUAAAAAUUUGGCUCGGGAGUUAAGGAAUAAUUCAGAAGACUUAAUAGUUUUAUGUUAUUGACGGCAUUAAUCUACUUGAGUCUGAACAGCCCCUGGAAACCUCAAUCAAGAGUAAGCCUUGUUGCACUAUGGAUAUGAGUCACAGUCCAAAUGCCUGGCCCAUCAGUGAAUGGAAAGGCUCUGCACAUCACACAUACAUAAUUAUGUUGCCUAUAGAUGAUAUACAGAAUACCCAGGAGGCCUUGAACAUCAUGCAUGCUUUGAAAAUCCUGGAUCAUGGUGGUGGUGUGACUCUGGAAUCUAGCAAAUCUGUGCGUGCAUGUGCUUACUUUUUUGGGGGGGAGGGGACAACUCUGAAAGUCAGUAAGUUUUUUUAUAAUGGGUAUUGGCAGAAAGUGAAGUUUGGUUUGAUGCUAAGAGCUGCUGUUAUGAACCUCUGGACUAUACUGUUGACUUGUUUGUAUCCUUGGCACAAAUUUUAUAGCAAGGCUGUGGAACUUGCGACCCUCCAUAAGUAGGACUGCAACUCCUAUUGUCCUUAACCAUUGGCUACGCUGACUGAGGCUGAAAGGAGGUGGCCAGCCAACAACAUCUGGAGGGUCACAGAUUCCCCAUCUAAACUAUAGAAACCCAGAAGAAGAGCAAGUACACAGGGCUUAUGUCAAGCAAGGUAGAAAGCCAGCUUUUCCCGUUUUAACUGCAUGCAGUGGUCAUUUUGGUCUUACAAUAUUGAAUAGGUAAGAUGGCUGCUGUGACCACUUAGAAUUUUCAUGAAUGUAUAGUGAUCUGAGAUUCCUGUUCUUUUAACAUAAGUUUAUUCUGUGCUCUCUCUUUCGCUCUCUCUUUCUCUCUUGACAACAUUCCAGUUCUGUCUUGUUAUGCACGGAGGGUCACAUGUGACAAAUGAAUUACAGUGGUACCUUGGGUUAAGUAUUUAAUUCGUUCCGGAGGUCUGUUCUUAACCUGAAACUGUUCUUAACCUGAAGCACCACUUUAGCUAAUGGGGCCUUCUGCUGCCGCCCCGCCGCCGGAGCAUGAUUUCUGUUCUCAUCCUGAAGCAAAGUUCUUAACCUGAAGCACUAUUCUGGGUUAGCGGAGUCUGUAACCUAAAGCGUAUGUAACCUGAAGUGUAUGUAACCUGAGGUACCACUGUACCUAGCUGAAGGACAUGGGAAAGGGCAAAUUCUCAUGUGAGAUUUUGUUCCAACACAUUGGUCAUGGGGCGUUUGCUGGUUCAGCUACCUCUUCCCCUCAGCCCAUCUUUAUUAUUUACUGUACUUUUACGUGUAUAACACACCACCAUGUAUAAGACGACCCCUAUUUUUUUGAACCCAAUAUUAAGAAAUCACAAUUUCUUGAGUUGUUGAGCUUUUGAGUGUGAGGGAGAUCUCCCAUCUGUCGGCCUUGCCGCCACCAGUCGCAACAACCACGAUGCCCGCCCCCCUCUAUCCGUGUAUAAGACGACCCCCUAUUUUUGCCUAUAAUUUUUCAGGGAAAAACAUCGUCUUAUACAUGGAAAAAUACAAUACUCUUGUGUGAUGCAGUAUCGCAGAGGAGGCUGCGGAAGAGAGGUAAAAAAUGACUCUUGAUGGCCACUAAAUUCAAUUUCUGCAAGUGUACCCAUACCUGUACAUCCUAAGAACCUAAGUUACCAUAAUGCCUGUUCAUAUGCUUGUUCACCAGGACAGUUUUACUACUGAAAGAAACUUGUCUUCAUCAAAAGAGCUGCCACAGUUUGGGAGGAAAGAGUAAACAAAGAGGGAUAGUAUAGAAAGGAUUCACUGGGAGUCUCCAAGAAUGGAGGAAAGAAGGGAAGUUUUAGAAGGUAUAUUCUCUGCAUGUCAUGAUCUUUGAGGAGGACAGUGUUUGCUCUCUGUCCCACUUCAGCCAGUCAGUGGUAAGAAAACUGGUGAUAUGGUAAUGCCGUGAUAGAUCCUCUCCACGCUGCCUCAUGCAGGCCCUUUAUCUUCCAUCCAUCACCUUCCUUUGUGUAUCUUCAUUAAUCCAAGAUCGAAAACUUCAAAAAGCAAAGCAUUCUCAUAUAUAUAGGAACAAAGAGCAAGCAAAGAUUAAAGACCAUAGAAAGACAAGAUAAGAGAAUAAAUAAAUUAACAAAAAGAGGGCCUUCCGAUUCUCUUGUCUACCAAUUGUAUCUAUAACAAUUAUUUAAAGUAUUCGAGGUAUACACUCCCAGUUUACUUCUAGCUGUAUUAAUGUCCAGCUUUUUCUCAAUCUUCACCUCCAGGCACCUCAGAUUUACCUUUUUCCACUCAAAAAUCAAAAGUAGCUCUUCAAUUAUUGUUGUCAUUAAGUGUCCAAAAUAAUGCAUCUCCAAGUCAAGAUGAUAAAUUUCUCCCCAAGGGUUCCACAAAUCUUAAUAGUAUAAUAGUCCCAACUUAUUUGCUUGUUAUAGCUUCAUUAAAUCUUCAUUAAAUCAAACUCAGUUCCAUGUUUUCUGCUCUCAUUUCCUGUUACAGUGGUGCCUCGCAAGACGAAAUUAAUUCGUUCUGCGAGUUUUUUCGUCUUGCGAGUUUUUUCGUCUUGCGAAGCACGGUUUCAGUUUUUUCAAAAAAAUCUUCAAAAACCUCAAAAAAGGCUACCACACCGCGUGCUAUGAGUUGCUCCCCGAAGUCAAGUCGCAACUGCACCUCUUCAAGCAAUGCACCCUGUAUUACUGUAACGGUUUUAAGAAAAAGGAAACAAACUUGCAAGACGUUUCCGUCUUGCGAAGCAAGCCCAUAGGGAAAUUCGUCUUGCGAAGCAACUCAAAAAACCAAAAACUCUUUCGUCUUGCGAGUUUUUCGUCUUGAGAGGCAUUCGUCUUGCGAGGUACCACUGUAAUCAUUUUUCAUCCUGUUUAAAGGGGGAGGGGUCAUCCAUUUCUUCCAGUCUUCUCCCACACCAACCGCCAUAAGCUCUGAGGCUUUUUGUACUCUGUUCACUUCAAUUUGUGCACUUGAACCUUUCCUCAAUUCCAUCUCUACCUGCCUCCCAGUGUUUCUGAUUGUAAAUCCAUUUAUCUCCCCGGUAUCAUAGCAGCUUCCUUUGUCUGUUCCAGUCCUCCAGACAGCUGCAAGGCCAUCCCCUCCAGUUCAUUAUCUCAUGCUGUCUCAUGUACAGGCAGAAAUUGAUCCAAAUCUCCUCCCACAGGUCCAGUGCAUUCUUCAUUCUUCACUCUUACAAUUCCACGUAUUUUGACUCUUAAUUCUGACAACUGUUCAUUUAGUAGCCGUUGUAAAAAAAAAAGCCACAAUCUGUGGGGUAUGCAACAUUAUUUUUGCCAUAUUCUGUUUAGUCACCCACCCACCCCUUGGGAGUCUCCACUUCCAGGAAGUUGUGCCUGCCUACACAUUCCUUCCCCACAGGAAUCAAAUACAGUUUCGCUUUUCACAGCAGACACAACAUGCCCAAGAUGGAGAUUUAUAGGCAGUGUAAGCUGAAGAUUUAUAGCAGGUUCAGAGCUACUUUAUCAGUUGUAAUCUUUCAAAGUCUUCAGUAGUUAAUUUAAGCUUUUUGGUUCCUUCUCAAGCUUGUUAACUAGCCUGUUAGUGCUUUAUCAUCACCCAGCAGCCCACUUCCUUCCUGGAUACUAAUUAACUGGCAGAUAGAAAAUCCAGUUCUUAUUUGCUUCCAGUCUUACAAAUAGUUAAAAGAAGGAGUUUUGUCGAACUUGUCCCCUAAAUGGGUAAUUGUGCAGUGUGUGGGCCAAGUGGAAAGUUCCACACUCGAGAUGUUCAUUCUGAAAACUUCCUCUUCUCCAGUGUGAUGUUAUAUUCUUCCAAGCCUUUGGGGUUUCCCAACCUCCCUUAUCUCAAAAGGGAGUUUGGUAACCAAGAUUUAUGCCUUGAUUAUAUCUGACCACCAUAUAAUUAUCUCUGCAGACGGGACCAUUGGCAGCCAAUAACUUAGUCCGCCAUCUUUCCUCCCCAGAAGUUGUGGUGAUGAACUUCAGUUUAAAUGUCCUGGCAUACUCAACGAACCAUGGUUCAAACAAACUUUGGCUUUGUGUUGUGUCAGUAUCGUGUUGUGAUUGUACUACUGUAUAUUAUUGUAAAUGAGCAGAAAAUAUUCUGUUCUGCAGCAUAAACAGAAUGCCAUUUAGGAUGCUACUUUCAGUGCAGGACUUCAACAAGCUGAGAGCCUAAGCGUCUGUUCAUGCUCUCAGAGAACUGGCUGCCAAUGAAAUUCUUCACUUUGCUGGUGCCUAGGCCAGCAGAGUACAUAUCUCAGCCAAGGACUGACCAGUAUAUGUCUCCCUUAACAGUAAAACUGAUUCUUGCCAUUCCCUCAUAAAAUAAAGUACAUCCUCAAGAGACUACACAUUGAAUUAGAUGUUACAAGAGCUGACCUGAUGCAGAAAAUACAAAACAAAUAUUAUGAAUACCAAAUAAAGCUAUAUUUCAUCGUUGGUUUGUACUUUAUUUUUGAGGUAAUGGCUGUGAACCCUGGUUUGUUUGGGGUUGUUGUUUUUUCUUCCUUUAUUUCUUAUGGGAUUGUUAUUGUAGCUUCAUAAUAAAAUAUUGAAUUUUUUAUUUAUUUUUAACUGAUUCCUAGGGCACAUAGGAACAGAAGGCAGAGAUUAUCCUAGUUGUUCCUUACAGGACCUCCCUGGGUCUUGUCACAUAGGCUGGAUCUUAUGAGCAAAACUCAAUUGCUCAUUCUCAACCCUGCCUAUUACCUCUCAUAGGUGUAGACUGAGCAGCAAUAGCUCCACAAACUAAGGUACCCAUGGUGUAGUAUUCUCAUUCUGCCAUGGUUUGAUAUUCCAUAAUCCACAGAUUGUUGAAUAGAUUUUGAAAAACAUGGCAUUUUCUUGUCUGAUUUUUUUUAUUUUAUUGCCACUGUAUUUUAGAUGCUUAUUUUGCUCAUAAGUUGGCGAAAAAAAUUAUUUACUCAGUGUAUUUACUCAUAAUAAAAGUAUUAGAAAAACUGUCAAUAGAUUUUCUGUUAUAAUUUAAUCAUCUGAUAUCUAAAUUGUUGAUAAUGUGAUCUGCUUGUUAAGCAAAAGUGUCUGGAGAAAAUGAUGGAUUAAUUGACUGAUGGCUAAGGUUUCUCUCAAAUAUAAUGGCUUACCCAAUUUGAUUUGAUUUGUGUAAAAUAACUUUCUCUAAUAAACAAUUUGCUCAGAGGCAAUAGAAGAAAUGAAUGGUUAUCAAACCAAACUUAAUUAGUCUAUCCUAGAUUGAUAUUACUUGGGGAGUCUUCAUUUUAAUUGUGAAGGGCUGGAUACAAAGAGUUUGGUUCAUUAUAUUUUUUCCUGUAUAAACACUAUUGUGUAACUACCUAUGGAAUAAUAACAUGUGAAUUCAUUUUAAUAAAUGCUUGUAAAGUGAAUUAGCUAAUCAUGCCACACUAAACAUGAUUCCUUUAAUUAUUUUCAAUAUUUAACUGGUACUUCAGUGUUGUUGUAGUUAGUCUGUAAAAGUGAUUUGUAUUUGAUCUGCCAAACUAAUUAUAAUGUAUAAAGCACACAGCUUAACGGUUUUGCAAUACCCUUAAUGAUCUCCUUCAUACCAAGGAACACAUUUUAAAUUAUGGAAAAUAUCGCAGAGGAAGAGCAAGAUAUUAACAUACUCACAGAGGAAAGUAAAAAUGAUCAAUAUAUUUUGUAGUACUAAUAAUUUUCUUACUCUCUGAAGAUGAGUUCUUAAAACAGUUAUGUCCCUAAGAAGGAUAUGAACACUUAAAAAAAACAAACAAUCUUGUUUUAUUAAUGUCAUUGACAUGGUAUUUCUGAAUAGGGACCGCUUUUGAUUUCUUUGAGAUGUAUUUCUAUAGUGUUCCUCUGUAUUCUUUUGGCAUUUCUUCAGUGUGUCUUCCCUUUACAGCCCUGAAUAGGGAAGUUUUUGAUGUUUAAUGGUUUAUUAUGUUUUUGUAUAUGUUGGAAGCCACCCAGAGUGGGUGGGGUAACCCAGUUAGAUGGGUGUGGUAGAAAGAAUAUAUCAACAACAACUGCCAGUGUACAAAACUAUUCUCAUCUAGAAUUAUUAUUAUUAUUAUUAUUAUUAUUAUUAUUAACCUUUAUAAAUGGGUUGUUUUAUGUAGUUUUGCCCGUCACAGAGAAAUCACUAAGGGGAGAGAAAUUACCCAACCUUUGCCCAGCCAUCACUUGCUAAAAGUAUCAGCUUUUGGCUGUGUAUAGCAGCUCUUGUCAAAAGAGCUGGAGAAUCAGGAAGAACACAUGAAGUCUUCUGUUUGUUUUAUUUAGAUGAAUAAACUCUCAUUUUCCUGAUGGUCCAUGUGGGCUAUAAUAAGUUUCUAAUACAAAUCAAUGGGUCCAUGUUCCCUUAGAAGAACUCAUAUUAGAAACAGGAGAGAUGAAUGGCUCUCUCAAAUAAAAAUGAGGAGUUAUCGAGUGAUGAGUUCACAACUACUCUCUUAAAUAGCUGUUGUUUAACCCUAGCAGAAACUUUGAUGGUAAAGUACUUUUGUACUGUCAGCACAGUGGGGUAUCAACUGAUCCAUUUUGGUGUGUUUGUUUACUGGUGAGAUCACUGAUGGAAUGAAUACUCAGUGUCUUAGAAUUCUUCUGACCUUGAUCACACAAUAGGUAAAAAAAUAGCUUCCUCACUUGACUCCCAUUGUAGUCCUCUCAUGGGACAGUUGUUGGUCCAGAUUGAUAAGGACAGACCAUUCACAGGAGAAAAUAGUAUUUUCUUCCUACCACUUCCAGUGUUUUCCUUGUUGUGGGUGUUUUUCCCCCCAGUGUGUCUAGUAAGGUCAGGCGUUUGGAUAUUAUUGGGUAAUUAGCAGUGCUUUUUUCUAAAAAAAAAAUGUUUAGAGGUACUCUCAUGUUCCUACUCAUAUUGAAAUACUGCCCCUCAAUGAGGCCAAACUUAGAUUCACAAAAUGUUUAGGGGUAUGCGUAUCCCUGCGUCCCCCCAGAAAAAAAGCACUGGUAAUUAGUAACAGUUUUCCAAAUGAUUUUGAGUUUUUUUAGAGGGAAAUUCUACUUCUGGAAAAUUAAGCUUUGCUCUUUUCUUUUUUUCAGAAUUGUGUAACAGGGUAUUGAAAACCCUGUAGUAUGAAUUUCCCUGAAAAUCUGUUGAAUAUGAAUUUGCUACAAGAUUUUCAGUUUUCCACAAUGUAAGUUGGAUUUCCUUUGUUUAAUCCUACUUUUCACACACAAUUGAAUGGCUUGUUCUACCUUUUCCCUUACAGUGUACCUUGAUAGGAAGCAAGUGGUGUAUUAUGUCUAGUUUGAUUGUCUUUUCUGUGAUUCUUAAUUCAAAAGUAAAUGAUCUUUGUUAACUAGUAAAUGUUGAGGUUUUGUUGUUGUUGUUGAGUCGUUUAGUCGUGUCUGACUCUUCGUGACCCCAUGGACCAGAGCACACCAGGCUCUCCUGUCUUCCACUGCCUCCACAGUUUGGUCAAACUCAUAAUGUUGAGGUUACUAGGGCUCAGUAGGAACAUAUAAAACAUGGUUUGCACAGCUAAAUUUGGCUUAGGGCCCUAGGGGUGAACAGAUCUGAUCUAGCUACAAAGGUGGGACAUUUUGUUUUUAAAAGAGAUGAUACUGGUAUCUCUGUAAUUUCCAUGAUGGAUUCUGUCAGAUGCAGAGAUGACGACUUGACGCUUGAUAGCGAGCUUGAGGACUGGAGAGGAGGUUAAAUAACAUGAAGUCAGUGCUAUUUUUGGCUAUCUGAAAUGCCCUUAUUUUGAGGGACUUCAAUACAUUUAAACCGUGCAUAGUAAUAGCACUCAAGCCAAGUAAUGACGAACUACAUCAGCUUCAAUAAUUCUGUGGUUUGCUAUUUUCAUGUAAUGUGUUCUGAUUCUUCUAUUACUUGAAAAAUAUUUAUUAUAGAGUUCCGUCUUAAGGAUAUCCAUUCGCACCCAUUUUUUUUAUACAAGACACUGCCAACUACAUAGUGUCUUGAAAGGGACUCCAGGUCCAGUUUAAUCAUGGAAAUGGAGCGCAUUGCCUGGAACAAAUGGGAAGGUUCCGGACGUUAAAGCAGUACUUCAUGUCUUGUCUUUAUUUGGACAUUUCCAGGGUGUCAGUCAGUUUGUGGCAAAUGAGUCCAAUCAUUGUAACCCAGACUGAGAGAGUUUUAUUGCUGAGCAAACAUCUGGGAAUGUAAGUGAAAAGGCUGAGAAAAACCAGUAGGUGUCUCCUUGUUUUCUGGCAUUAUAAUCUUUGCAGAAUGUUCUACUGCAUUAGCAGGGCUUACAUUCAGGCAAGUGUUCAUAGGAUUGCAAUCUUAAACUAUCCCUAGGACAGGGAUGGGGAACACCUGGCCUGCAUAGCAGAUUAGGCCCUUCAGACUUCCUCAUCUGCCUUGCCAAGCCAUACCUACCUGCCGUACAUCUAACAUCAUAUGCAAUAUAAAAGCUUGGCUUAGCCAGGCAUGGCCAAACUUGGCCCUCCAGAUGUUUUGGGACCACAACUCAUCCCUAGCUAACAGGACUGGUGGUCAUGGAUGAUGGGAAUUAUAGUCCCAAAACAUCUGGAGGGCCAAGUUUGUCCAUGCCUGGCUUAUACAAAAGGCCAACUGAAUAGUGGUCCCUACAGUCCCUAUUCAAAGCACUGGGUGAGAAAGCAUUUUAAAAGGGGAUUCUGAAGCCCCAACAGGCAGCUGAUUGCCAGGUGCCCAGAAAUCAGCUUUUGAAGAACUCUGCUGGUUGUGGUGGAGGUUAAAUGUAAAGGUAAAGGUAAAGGGACCCCUGACCAUUAGGUCCAGUCGUGAUCGACUCUGGGGUUGCAGCGCUCAUCUCCCUUUAUUGGCCGAGGGAGCCGGCGUAAAGCUUCCAGGUCAUGUGGCCAGCAUGACUAAGCCGCUUCUGGCGAACCAGAGCAGGGCACGGAAACGCUGUUUACCUUCCCGCCGGAGUGGUAUCUAUUUAUCUACUUGCACUUGGAUGUGCUUUCGAACUGCUAGGUUGGCAGGAGCAGGAACUGAGCAACGGGAGCUCACCCCGUUGCGGGGAUUCGAACCGCCAACCUUCUGAUCGGCAAGUCCUAGGCUCUGUGGUUUAACCCACAGCGCAACCCGGGUCCCUUGUGGUGGAGGUUACAUGACAUAAUUGUGAUUCAAGGUCACUGGCAGGUAGGUGGCUUUGCACACCUGUCACACGUGGGAUGGAAGGAGUGGGGGAAGCAAUCUGGCCCAAUCCAGUUCCCCACGUGACCUAGAGGGUCAGGUAGUUGAGGGACAUGGUUGAACCUGAUGGUUGCCAUAUGUCCUCUUUUUUAUGGGUAGAGUUGUCAUAGCGAUCCAUAGUUAAAAUUGAAGUCGGCAAAUGUGUCCUCUUUUUUGCUCUUCAAAAUAUGGCAGCCCUACAACUACUGUCUCUCCUGAGUCUUUCCCAUUGCUUCCAACCUCCAGAACAGCAAGUUAAAAAUGUAUUAUGCACACCAGCGUAGCAACCCCUGCCAGCGCCGUGGGGGCAGGGGGGUAUGCAUGCGCACCCCCCCCCCGCACCACAGGUGUGAAUGCAUCCCUCCUGGGAGGGAAGCAACUGGCAUGUGCCAGCCCAGCGCUGUCGGAAAAAACAUGGGGUGCGCCGCUGCCAGGACACCCAGGACUCAAGAGGGAAACCUGCAGGCUGGCGCAUGCCAGCGGCGCCCCUCCUGGGUGCCCCUUCCAGGUGCCCUCCCGGCAGCGCAACCCACCAUGCUUUUUCUGGUAGUGCUUGGCCUACUCAUGGCCAGGAGGGAUGCAGCAGCUGGAAUGCCCUGCAGGCCGGAACAUCUGCAGUGUGCCCAGCGCUGCUUUUUCGGGCAGGGCUUGGCCCGUUGGAGGUUAGCUGGGAGGGAGGUGGCGGCUGGAGCGCCCUGCAGGCCGUGCGCCAGCCGUGUCUCACGGCACACCCCGAGCUGUCUUUUCAGGCAGUGUUGCGCCCACCUAUUGGAGGGCGCCCUGCAUUCCCUUCCUCCGCUGUGGAUUAUGCCGGCAUGCAGGCUACAUUUUAAAUGGCAGUGACCAAGAAAGGUGACUAUGUGUUUUGCAAAUGCCAAAUCAAUGUGAUCUAUCUAUCUAUCUAUCUAUCUAUCUAUAUCCUGUGUGAGACAAUAGAUUGUACCAAGCAGAUACUUUCAUAUUUACAUAGCUGUAAUCAUGGUGCAGUCAAGAUUUGCUUGUAGGAAUUAUCAGUAUAGCGGACUAAAAAUUGCCUGUUCCUUAGAAGCACUCCAACCCCUUUGCAGCGUCCAUCCUGCAUCUAUAAUGCUAUGACAAUGUGUACAAACGUUCUAGCUGCUUGGACAGAGCUCUUGGAAAUAGCAUUGACAGCAUAGCUUCUUCUGGGGCUUGAAAGGUGGGGAGGAGUUUGACGAACCAGUGAGAGCAUUGGCUGAAGGUCUCCAGUUACUAAUGAAUAAUACACCCAUUAUCAUGUUACUUUGGUUCUGCACGUGUAUUAAAUAGCUUCAUAAUACCCACUAAUGGCCAGCUGCUUGACAUUAUAACACUAAUACUCCAUCAAAGAUGUCUAGACUAAAUGGUGUUAAAGCUGUAGCUGUAUUUAAGGUUGCGCUAACUUUUAUUCAAUUAGGGAGCGUUUUAGAAGAAAGAGAUUUUGAUUUCCUGUGUGCAUUUUUAGGGGGUGGGUCGCACUCGGAAAGUCAUUUUGCAUUUUGCAGCAAUUGCUGCAAAAGUAAAGAAGGUAAAGAGCAUAUAUACAACGUACACUACAAAGCUUGUACAGUUAAUGGUUGUACAACAAUUAAAAACAACAACACUUGUCUGCUUCAGAACUGAGGCCGUUUCUUACUGCUUAUAUGCAGCGUUAUGAUGUUUGCCAAGGGAGGACAAAGACAAACAUGCUGCCGUUGUGAGAGCAUAGCUCAAGCUUUUAGACGGAAGUGGUUUUUUAAAAAGCACCAAUUUCACAAGAAAAAGCUAGAUCCUACAAUGUAAUUAAUGAAGCAUUUUAUUUUGUAUUCUGCUUCUGAUAGUCAUCCAAAGAACCAUGCAAGACCACUGAAUAUCUUGUUCCUUUUCGAAUCUUGAAAACUUGCUUUAAGUUGAAAAAUUCCAGAGCUGAAUUCCCUACCUACUACUGCACCCUUUGCAACCAGGUGGUUAUGGAGCCACACCUUGCUACAGGCUGCUGUUAUUGAUCAACUGUUGAAAUAACAUUGUCUAGCAGUUCUGGUUCUCAUGUCUUCAUUCUCUGUCUUUGAAUUACCAUGAAUUUGAGGGAGGUUGCUCUUGGGUGUCUCUUUCUAAUAAAUGUCAGAAAGCUGGUCUAAGUGUAGAAUUUAGUGGCGCGCUAUGCUGAACAUCUUGUCAGCAUUGCAGCUUGCCAGAUUGAAUGAUCCCCCCUUUCCUCUUCCUGUGCAUUGUUCUGGGGGUUCCCUGACACACACAGACACUGAGCCAAUUUGAGGAGGAGCACAAGGGAAGGCGUGGGAGGAAUGACCCAUUGCACAAGCAAAAGUCCUUGAGCAGGGCUUGGACUCACUAGGCGAGUCUCACAAAAGGUCUUCAACUGACCUAUCUAGUAAAGUGAGGGCAUUUGAGAGUGAUUGCAAUACUGCAACUCGUAAGUCUUACCAUUACGUUUUGUUUCUCAGUAUUAUAAAGGCAUGUACUAUUCUUCCCUCCCUUUUUCCCCCUUUUUUUGGAAGGGCAUAGUUAUCUCCCCCCCCCCCCCCAACAAACUCCUUAUCCCUUCUCUUUGCCCUCUCCAUUGGAGGUAUUCGUUUUGACUAGGCCUACACGGUUGGUGCUGUGGUCUAAACCUUUCUGAUCAGAAAGUCGGCGGUUCGAAUGCCCGCGACGGGGUGAGCUCCUGUUGCUCGGUCCCUGCUCCUGCCCACCUACCAAUUCGAAAGCACGUCAAAGUGCAAGUAGAUAAAUAGGUACCACUCCAGCGGGAAGGUAAACGGCGUUUCCGUGCACUGCUCUGGUUCGCCAGAAGCGGCUUAGUCAUGUUGGCCACGUGACCCGGAAGCUGUCUGUGGACAAACGCUGGCUCCCUCGGCCAGUAAAGCGAGAUGAGCGCUGCAACCCCAGAGUCAUCUGCGACUGGACCUAACAGUCAGGGGUACCUUUACCUUUACAUAUACAGCAGAAUAAAAUGAUGAAAUCUUUAUUUCUGCUAUCGAUUUUCUGCUAUGCAGUUUUACGAUAGUGGUUAUUGUUCCUUAUGCCCUUUUUAUUGAUUUUUUUCGCAUUGAGAAUUAAUAUUUUUAUUAUUAUAAUUUGUUUGGAAGCCACCUUGUGGUGGUUUGGCUAAAAUUGAAAGCCAGGGUGCGGAUAUUUUAAAUAAAAUAUAUAAAUAACAUCCUAUUAUGCUGCCUGUGCUUAUGAGCCUGGGUAAGCAGAAGAUAGGGUGAAAACAUCAAAAUUAUUUGCCAUGCCUCUAGUGCGCAUGGAUUGCACCUAUAGUUUUGUUUGGGGUGCAAAGUUUGGUCUAGCCAAGGAUUGGCAUAUAAAAAAUACAGAGGAACAUGUGAAAUAUGGGCAAAUUUGUUUUGGUGUGUUACUGUGCAUUUGACAUAAAUAUGCAGCCCUUGAGAAUAUUUCUGUUCUUUUACAUCUAGAUAAUACAUGUGUAUGUAUGUAUGUGAGGCGAAUAAACAUAAGUAGGGGAUGCCAUCUUUGCUUUUAUGGAGAAACGGUAUGUUGUGCUUCUCUUAAGAAAAAAAGGAAAGUGCAUCCAUUUACAGCCUCUGAUAAAUGCAGUGUCUCCGAGAAUAAUGCUUGAGAACCGCAUGCUGAUUUUUUGAUGGCUCAAAACUCUCGGAAUAAAAUGAGAACAAACUGCCUUGGUCCAGACAAACCGGUAAACAGAUUUGGUAUGAAUAUGGGAGAGGGCUUCAAACUUUAAUUCCAGAACCACUUUUUAAAAGGCCUGUGUCAACCAUACCGCAAUAACUCGGGUUGCAAGGAUGCAAGAGCGAAAGGUUAAGUUCUGGUUGCCAAGUGUGCUUCUUGUGUAUGCAUUAUCCUGCUUUCUUUCUCCGCCUUCUAAUGGUCAGUAUUAUCCAUAUUGUGUACUGUUUACAUGUUGGAGAUCUUGUUUGGAUUUUACUUGGUGAUUUGAUAUUAAUUUUUAAUGUGAAAGCACUUAGCAUUAGGAGUUUGACAUUUUGUCUGACCUUAAUCACCAGGAGGAUCAUGAGAGGUUUAUUCAGUGGGAAGAGAACUGUUACAGCACUGACAAAAAUGAUGGGAAAUAAGUAAACAGCCUUUUAAAUCUUCUCCAGAAAUCAAUAGGGUUUAAAGAUGAUGGACGCUGGUGUUUUUGUUCUUUUUUGUUUUUUGCUGCUUAAGGACUUCAACCUUUUACGGGAAAUGUCUUCGAGAAAGUGUCAGCAAUUUUUUUUUCCUGAGCACAAUGAAUCAUUGCUCCAAAUAGAACACUCUGCAUGGAGCACUUCAUCAUUUAUUACAGCGAUGAUGUAGUAUGGUACUUAUUGGGGUAAUGCAGUUGAUGUUUUGCAAUUUAGUGCUUUAGGGGGGGAAAAAACCUGAUGCAGGCCUUCAUAAACUCUUUAAUUGUUGUAUCGGUAGACACUUCCUUUGUAAAACAUAAAUGGAGGAAUUGGCGGUUUUCGUUCCUUUAGUGAAAUGCUUUCUUUUCCGUCCCCUCCUCCCAUCGCUCCUCCGUCAGGUUUCCUUAAGGUCAGCGAGAGCUUUGCUAAAGUGACAGUUGUCAACAUCAUUUAAUAACUAAAGGUAAUAGUUCUGGAGUAAUUGAAUCAGCAGUCUUUUUAAAAAGGCACAGGUUUUGAAUUGCCAAAUAACAACACAUAAAUAUAUAUUCCGUUUCCAUGAAUGAUUUAUUAGACACUAAGCUGAUGCAGAAUUUAGUAAUGUAUCCACAAACAACUACAUUCAGACUUGAGUAUUCCUGCAUUGAUUUACAUCAUCAUUCGCAUGCUCUGCUGGUUUCUUAUGUAUUAGCCGAUACUGAAUUCAUUUUUGAAAUUGCCAAGUAUAUGAUUAUUUCAGACUAAGCAUGCUUGCUAUUAGACAGUAAUUGGGGGCUUCAAAGACUUCAGUGGAUUUGUUUGUAUCUGUAUACAACUGUAUGCUUUGAAUAAAAAUGAAAGAUUUAAUGUGUGUUUUGCAAAUAGACCUUUUACCCAUUGGCCAUUAGAAUGGGAACAACUCUAUGCUAAUACCUAAGUAUUCCGCACAUACAGUACUUCUAAUUAAACUUAUUCCUUAGAUGCCUAGUACAAAGUCACUUUUGAUUAAUGAUGCAAUACUUGGACUCUGAUUCUUAUUACUGCUUAGCUAGAAUUAUUUUUGAGCUGAAUGGAAAAUGUUUUAAUUUCUCAGAGCCACGUGCCAUGCCUAGUACUGGGACCUAUUUAUGGCAAUUCUUCCUAAUUUCUUGUGAAGCAAUCUAUGCUUGCCGUUAGCUUUUCCCCUCCUUUAAAAAUAUUUUAUAUCCUUUGGGGGUCAUGCAAUAGCGAAAUAACAUUGGGCUUUUGAUCCAAGAGGAUUCAGAGUUUGUCUCCUGUUGAGGCGUUAAGAUGGUUUGGACCCUAACAAUGCUCUACUCUCAUGCGGCAUGUGUUGUUUUUAUACAAACUUUGCCAUACGGAAGAGGUGCAAAGUAGUAUAGCAGCACAAAGCUAUUCAUCUUUUAAUGCUUGAUUUGUUAGCCACAGUGAGUACCUUCCUUUUGGAGUGGGAAUAAAUCCCUAUUAUUUAUAGAUAGAUAAAUGGGUUGAGAAUUUCCAGAGGUGGCAGUCUUGCUAUCAGUUGUGCAGAAGUAACAGUUGCGUCCUUGGCUUGUACCACAGCAUUCUUGUGGGGAAGCAGAGUGGAGUUGGAUAGCUGUGCCCUGCUUGUCUAACUCUUUGUAGAGAGCAAAAAAGCAUUUGCUAUAGAUUCUGACCACCAUGAGGUAUAGAUUCUGACCACCAUGAGGUUGUGUCAGUGCUGCUGUGAUGACCCUUGGGGUUAGUUCACAACACACACACACACACACACACACCCCAGAAAAAAACAUAGCAGCAACAAAAUCCUGAAAGUCCAUUGAAAAUAUUACAAAGUAUUAAAGUCUCUGAGGUAAUCAACAUUUAACUGUUUUUAGAAAUUUUGAUAGUAAUUUUUUUUAGUAUUGAUGUAUUUGCUGCCCUGGGCAGGAAGGGUGGGGAAAUUAAUUAAUUAAGCAACCAAUCAAGCAUAUGCACUGUGUGAAGAUCUUGAGAGAAUUGCUCCUCUGAUCUAGAUUGUUGAAAUUCAGACAUGCCUUCUGCAUUUUUUAUUUGUAUUUAACAAUAUGUUUAUACUUCUUAACUGUAAAUAAAACUUUUGGUAAGGCUGUUUACCAAACACAACAACCAUAAAAGAUACACUCAAAUGAUCAAUUACAAGCAAAAGGAAAUUUUAACAAGCAUGCACUGCCAACUUAUAUUGGUUGGCUGCUGGAAACAGAAUGGCUGCGCUGUGCCCAGGUGAGGAGCAAAUGAAUGCAGGGGUGUGGCAGUGGUGGCCAAUCACUGAAACACGAUAAACCACCCAGCCCCCAAAAUAUGCUGCUAAGCUUCCACACCUGACUGUGGAUGUAUAAAGGGCUAAGAGAAAUCCAGAUUAAAUAAUAAAGGUUGACAGUGUUGAGCGGACAAUGCUAAAGUCUUGCAUGCAUGGGCAGCGCCAAUUCCAAAAUAAACUCUCAUCCGGAAGAUCAUCAGAGAGAGAACUGAAGUUCAUGUGCUUCAGUUCCCUUGCAAAAUAUGAUAUUCUCUAUGCAACCAGUAAUGUUCCCACACACUGUAACCCCAUUAACAUUUUAGGCUGCAAUAUGCAAUAGCCAGGGAUGAAAAAAGUCAUAUUGGUGUGUCAUUAUUAUUUAUAUUUCACUGAGCAAGCAUGGUAUCUUACAGAGUGACAUAGACAACAUAGAUUUCCCUGACCCUAAUGAAUUUAUAGUCUAUAGACAGUGGUAAAACAACAGAGGGAAAGGGAGAGGCAGUGGAAGAAGAAUGUGUGCAAAUGCUGUUCUGCCUACUUAAAGCUUGGCUACAGCUGGGAAUGGAUAUUAAAAUAAUAAGCCAAGGGCCGUACCAAGCUGGACUUUGAGGAGGGAUUAGGAGGAAUGGAGUGUACAAGUUUAGAGAGGAAGCAUUGUGCAUAGAAGGGCAGCAAGGGAGAAUGGUAAGAGUUGUUUAAACAAUCUUUGGAUAUUUUGCCUUUUGCAAAACGGUUGUUGGGGAUAUACAACAUUGUGUAAGCAGAAGACAAGCACACAUAAGGAAUUUUCUCUCCCCAGUCCCCAGCAGCGCAGCGCAUCCUGAAAAGCCUCUCGGGGGGACAGGGAGUUACUAACAUUGUGGAAUAUGUUGUGUGGUGCUGCAGUGAGAGAAAGGGGAUUGCCUCAAAUUGGGCAGAAUAAUCCUGUGCUAGCAGAGCAAAAGAUUUUAGGAGAUUCCCCCUUACUGCUCCAGCCCAUACACCUUGGCCCAUGAUGUUUAGUAAGUCCCCCCGCUUCCAAAACGCCACCAGUAUGGAGAGUCUUUUCUGGUGGUACUGGGGGCUUCAGCAGGGAGGUAGGGAAGACUUUUGUUACAUUACCUUGUUUUCAGCAUAUGUAUAUAUGGGGAAGAACUGUUUUGUGCAUAUCUCUAAUUGUACUAAUGUCUGUUAACUAUAAAGGGAAGUGGGUGGUGCUGUGGGUUAAACCACAGAGCCUAGGACUUGCUGAUCAGAAGGUCGGCGGUUCGAAUCCCUGCGACGGGGUGAGCUCCCGUUGCUUGGUCCCUGCUCCUGCCAACCUAGCAGUUCGAAAGCACGUCAAAGUGCAAGUAGAUAAAUAGGUACCGCUCCGGCGGGAAGGUAAACGGCGUUUCUGUGCGCUGCUCUGGUUUGCCAGAAGCGGCUUAGUCAUGCUGGUCACAUGACCCAGAAGCUGUACGCCGGCUCCCUCGGCCAAUAAAGCGAGAUGAGCACCGCAACCCCAGAGUCGGCUAUGACUGGACCUAAUGGUCAGGGGUCCCUUUACCUUUGCCUGUUAACUAUGGCUUGACCAUUGAGUGGCUUAUCAUGGAAACAUGGAAUCAGUUGUGGUUAUAUACUGCUGUGCAUUAAUUGCACUCUGACAAAUAAUCACGUCCUUUCAGCUUCAUUACCUCCAUGGUUUCUCUAAUUCUGGGUUUAACUGGACAACACAUUUUUGCUUGACUUUGGCACUCUUGGCCCAUGAAUUUAAUAAAAUGAAAACCAAAGCAUUUGCAGCACUUUUAUAUAUCUUCAGAAUUAAAAAGAGCUGACAGUUUUACUGGCAGAGCAAAUGUUAAUGCCUGUUACAUUGAUGUUAAAGGACCCAAUCAUUUGUCAGUGCACUAUAAUGCAUGCAGUACAUCUUCAUUUUAUAGGCAUAUAGAAAUUGGCUUCAUGUUUCCAAGAUAAACUGGUGAUCAAGUUAUAAUUAACCUUUUGAACCUUGCUUUGUAAUAGAAUAGCCAAUUAGUAUACAUUAUCAAUUGCAAUUGCAGUCAAUUCAUUGUUGUGCUAAAAGAGCUCUUGUGAAGAGAUGUGGAUUGUAAUUUUUGCCAAAAAGUAAAAUAAAAUACUAAAACUCCUGGGAUAAGUAAAUUCCUUACUACUAUAAUCCUUUCCCAGUUUAUGGCUGGUCUUUUUUCCUUUUCCUUUUUUCAAAGGGUUAGAUGUUUUGAUAUUGCUAUCCAGGAGGAUAUUUAGUUGUUUGAAGCUUCUUCUUAUCAGUUUUGAAGCCUGGACUCAAAUUUGGGAUCCAAGGGGGGAAACUGACACUUCUGCUUGGUUUCACUGUGUGUUUGUGGCAACGUUAAGUAGAAAUUAUAAAUAAUUCCACAUUCCUCAAGAUCACUACAUGGCUGCUUUCGAUAGAGUGUACCUGUGACGAAUCACUGCAGUGCAUCCCUCCCCAUGAAAGCCAUAUUGGAUUAGACCUAAAUUGGAACACAAAUAUGGGUGGUUUCCCCCCCAGAUGGAGGCCAUUCUCUCUUUUGGGUUGCUGUUAGAUAUGGAUACCCCUUACGACCACCUAUGCCAACAAUAGUGCCACUGAAUAAACACACGAGACGUAACCUGCUGUGUUCUUAGAUAAAUAAGGUAUACUAUUCAUUGGCAUAGUAGUAGCUGCGGUACUAUGCCGUAAGAUCCACUGUCCUGUAAUAUCACAUAUGAGCUUUAACUACAGAUGAAGCCCAAGACGGCAAAACAAGGCCAAUAUUCUGGAAAUCCUUGUCUUAGACUCUGUGAAAGGAUUUUGUGGAACUCUAACAGCCUUUCAGGUGGAUGGUUUGGACUUUAUGAACAGACAGGUGGAAUAGACACCAUUACACGGAUGGACCUUAUGCAUGAACUGACUAGAGAAUGAUCUGAUCCACUGGGUCUUCUGCUUUGUUCGUUUGUUGAACUUUAUGAGUUACUUCUGUUGAAAUUUACAAUUUGAUACAAUGAAUAGUAUACCUUAUUUAUCUAAGAACACAGCCAUGUUUAUUGAGUAUGCUUUACGUGACCAUAGGUAGGUUUGUUUGUUGUUGUUUUGUUAACAAUAGUGCCACAGCAUUCUAACAACCGCCAUUUUGGAAUGGGACUGAAAAGAUAUCAGGAUUGAUUUGCAUGUGUAUAACCAAUUCAUUUUAAAAUUGGUGUUAGGGUGGGUUAUUUUUUAGGUGUAAGGAGGGACAGCUCUGCCUUUGCCCAUAUUUGCAUGCUGAGCCAAGAAGAAAGACAUCCAUAGAGUUUCAUCCUCUUUGUGCUUGAAUUCAAGAGAGGCAGAAACAUGACUGCAUGGAAAUUUAGCCGUUUAUUCCCUUUGCUUCUUUCUGACCCAGUGACAUUCAUAGACGUCAAAAUCAAUGUUUUUCUUUACGGGGAAAUACUUUGUCAAUGCCUCCUUUGCUUUGGAAUAAUAUUCAUCAACCCUGUGUGUUGAAGAAUGGUAAAGGUGUCAUAUAUUUGUUGUGCAGCAUAGUGCAAAAGGAGAAUACUGCCCUGAGAUCGCUGGGCAUAGGGCAAUAUAGUAAUAGUAAUACACUUCCUGGUGUCACUGUGCAGUUUUGUAUCACAGAAUAAGCUUUCUAACAUUUGGAUCCAUUUAUCCCAGGAAGAUCCCAGAGUUGUCUGGGAACCAAGGCUAUAUAUUUAGAAGAAUUUAGCACAGGAGCCUGCUUCACAAGCAACAGGGGCAACCCACCUGUCAAAAUAUCUCUACCCCUGUGACAAGGCCCCUGACCAUUAGGUCCAGUCGUGACCGACUCUGGGGUUGCGGUGCUCGUCUCGCUUUAUUGGCCGAGGGAGCCAGUGUACAGCUUCCGGGUCAUGUGGCCAGCAUGACUAAGCCGCUUCUGGCGAACCAGAACAGCGCACGGAAACGCUGUUUACCUUCCCGCCGGAGCGGUACCUAUUUAUCUACUUGCACUUUUUGGUGUGCUUUCGAACUGCUAGGUUGGCAGGAGCAGGGACCGAGCAGCGGGAGCUCACCCUGUCACGGGGAUUUGAACCGUCGACCUUCUGAUCAGCAAGUCCUAGGCUCUGUGGUUUAACCCACACCGCCACCCGCUUCCCUACCCCUGUGACAAAGCAGGAAGCAAAGAUAACAAGUGAGUUAAGCAGCUGGGCAAGGAAGCUAGAGCAGACUACUGCCCUUCUCUUUGGGUCAUAACAAAUCUCAAGUUUUGAAGUAAAGCAACUCAAUAUACAGUCAUACCUUGGUUUUCAAAUGCCUUGGGAGUCGAACAUUUCGGCUCCCAAACAAUCAAAAACCGGAAGUGUUUGUUCUGGUUUCUGAACGCUCUUUGGAACCCGAACGUCCGACAUGACUUCUGCGGCUUCCGAUUGGCUGCAGGAUCAAUCGAUUUAAAUCACUAGUCAGUAAGACUUUAUUUAAAUCAUUUUUUUUUACAGACAGUUUUUACAGUUAUAUUAAUUACUGGUUAUACUAUUAGAAAUACAAAGACUGAUAAUAAUGAAAUUAUUGUGAGGUUUGAUAAGUUAACUGUUUACAUUUGGACAACUUUGCUGCUGUACUUUAUUAGAAGGAAAAAAAUAAUCAUUUCCUUAAUAACAGUUUAAACAAUUUAUUUAACUAGAACAAUAACAUUAUAGCAUAUGUAUCCAUGUUUGUUAACUGACGUGGUUAAACAAUAAUAAUAAAAACUUGAAGUUUUAGCACACAUGAAAAACUUAAAACAAAUACUUAUUUCCUGAUGAAUAGCCUUUGGACUAUAAUGCAACUUAAAUAGAAAACUAUCUUUAGAAAGAAUUUUCCUCCAAAAGCAUUUUAUUUUAAAAAUCCAAUUUAAAUAUUUUUUUUUAAAUCCUAUUUUUUUUUUUAUUUAAAUCAUUGAUUUUUAUGCACCCCAGCAUCAAGCCCAUCACUCAUUGUGUGAUACAGUUGUGGUGUAAGAAGUGAGGUUUGCUACUCUAUUUUGGGACAUAAACAUAAAACAUAACAAGAGUCCUGGUGGAUCAAACCAAAUGCCCAUCUAAUCCAGCCAACAACAUUCCUUUGGGAAGCUCCCUAGCAGGACUUGAGCACAAGAGCGCUCUCCCACUCAAGUGUUCCCUAGCAACUGCUAUUCAGAGGCACAUCGCUUCUGAUACUGGAGAUAAUAUAUCCAUCAUUAGUAGCCACUCUAGCCUUAUCCUCCAUUAAUUUGUCUAAUCCCCUUUUAAAUCUGUCCAAGUUGGCAGCCGCCAUCCGUACUCAGUUUGAUUGGAUUACUCCAGAUUCUAUUAACUACGAAAGAGGGAGAAACCUACCCCUGAUCCACUUUCUUUACACCAUUCAUAACUUUUUUAAUGCUCCUCUUUUUUCUCCCCUAAGCCAAAAAGCUCCAAACAUUGCAUCUUUUCCUCGAGUGCAGUUGCUGCACCUCAUUGAUUAUUGCAGUUGCCCUUUUCCGCAGCCCUUUAAACUCUUUUUGGGGUGUGGUAAGCAGGACUGGUUAUACCACAGAAUUGGGUUAAUUCAUUAAGAUAAUGGCAGUUUUGUUUUGAUCCCUUUCCAAAUGAUCCCCCCAGAUGAACCCAUAUUGCCUUGCAUUUCAGGUUAGGGGAGCAUUUUGUAGUCAAAAACUUUCUGUACAUGGAAAGUUCUACCCUAGGCCUGUGUGUUCCGGGGAUUUUGACUCAAGGAAGCUGUGACAUAUAGGGAGGAAUUGAACAUCACACUUUUUUGAUGGCUCCAUCAGUGCAAGCAUUUCUGCUUUCAAAUGGAAUGAUCCCCACUCUCCCUUCCUGCUAUUAUGGGGGUUCUCAUGAUCUUCCAGAGUGGAUUUGGGAAAGUAUGGGGGUAGGAGGGGAGGAACCCUGUUGUACUAGCUCAGGGGUUGGCAAAAAUAAGGCCCGGGAGCCCGAUGUGGCCCACUGGGCUCGUUAAUCCGGCCUGCGGACCUUGCCGCCUGCUUGGUCAGUCCCCGCACCAAACCGGCGUGGAGGCUGUCUUCUGUGACACUAGUGCGGCUUUGGAUUGACUGCAGGAAGCUCCUGCAGCCAAUGCGAAGCUGCGGACGUGUCUGGGCGGGCGGCGAUGCUGGUGUGGCUUCAGAUUGGCCACAGGAAGCUCCUGCAGCCAAUCUGAAGCCGCGGAGGCCUCUGGGCGACGCCCCUUCCUUCCCGCCGAGGUGGCCGCGUAUGGCCAAGAGCUAAGUGGAAGGAAGCAGCGGUGGUGGGGAGGUUGCCUCCACCACCCAGGCCAGCGGUGUGGACUCUGCGCCCUGUGGACCCCUGGCCAAGGCAGAGGACGCCGACGCUGAAAACGAGGCGGUGGGAUCCUUUUGGGAGGGCAGUACUUUUGGGAGAGCGUGGGUCUGAGGGACAGUGGACCGGCCCCUUCCUGAAAAAGUUUGUUGACCCCUGUACUAGCUGGUGUCCUUGCCCUGCCUUCUGCUAGCAUGCCCAGUUACUUGAAUCCAGGCCAUUAUCUCAAACCAUUAUUCUGUGGCACAAUUCUGCCAACGAGAAUUAUACUAUAAAACUUUUCUGUGUACAGUGGUACAGUGGUACCUUGGGUUACAUACGCUUCAGGUUACAUACGCUUCAGGUUACAGACUCCGCUAACCCAUAAAUAUUACCUCGGGUUAAGAACUUUGCUUUAGAUUGAGAACAGAAAUUGUACUACGGCGGCAGCAGGAGGCCCCAUUAGCUAAAGUGGUGCUUCAGAUUAAGAACAGUUUCAGGUUAAGAACGGACCUCCGGGAUGAAUUAAAUACUUAACCCGAGGUACCACUGUACCUCGGUUUUUGAACGUAUUCCAUUCUGGAAAACCGUUCGAGUUCCGAAACAGUCAAAAACUGAAAACUCAAUAUGGAAGCCUCAGUAUGGGAAACUCAAUACGGAGUCCAUGUGGCAUAUUCAACUUCCAAAAAGUGUUCAAAAACCAAAGUAUUUACUUCUGUGUUUAUGGCGUUCGAAAGCCGAAACGUUUCUCAACGGUGACAUUCGAAAACCGAGGUACCACUGUAUCUGAAUUUAUUUUAAGAGCACAAUCCUAUGCAUGUCUACUCAGAAUCAAAUCCCAUUGAGUUCAAUAGGACUCAUAGCUCCCAGGUCACUUCCCGUAUAUAGGAUUGCAGGCUAUGUGCUACCUUGGCUGAAGUCCGUGCUCCCCAUCACUUCUCUGGGAACUGUGGGUUAAGCCAUUUGCAGAUUUUAAAGUACUGCUUUCCAUCUAACGACAUUGACCAGCGCUCCUUUUCAAUGCAAUCUAGGGCACUGAUUAUGCAAUUACCACCCCCCGCCCUUGCACUUGAUGUGUGUACUAGUAAUUCUGACGUUGAUACUUUGUCAUGUAUUGCUGUGGUUUUGUUCCCCAAUAUGUCUCCAUGCCUACAAUUUCUAGCAACCCAAGCGCUUACAAAUAAUAAUUUUAAGGACAAGCUUGGUAUAUCAUUAUUUUUUACCAGCGCGGCAGCUAUAUGACAGGGUAAUCUGCUGUUUCUGCAUUGUAUGGGUUUUGCAUGUUGAAGUAAAGGACUGUGAGCAUUAAUAAGACAUUUAAAUUCAUUAUAAUGAAAAAAAGUCUCCAUUUAAAAGCAACGAUUGUAUAUAAUGUCUGCCAGAGCAAACUGUCUCAUAGAGGAGCCUUCCCUUUAUCUCUGUAUAGAAGAGUGCUGGAAAACAUGUAUAAAGAUAGCUGUAGUAAUGAGCAAUACAGUCGAGAGAGGUGAUUUAUGAUACCUGUUUCUGACAGCUAUAGUGCUGAGAUUCCCAGGGUAUGUGAUCACUGUGUUAGCAUUCUGACAGCUCAGCAUUUAGAACAUUAUGGUAAUUUAUGCAGCAUUCGCUGUCACCUGCACUGUCAGAGUUUCUCUUUAAUGAUGGUGUAACUAUUUUGUUUGUUUGUACUGCAUUCUUUUCAUUUGGCUAAUGCCUUCUCAUUAGAUUCAGCCUAGAAAAUGAGAGUAAUUAAGUGCUUCCUAUAGCUCAGAUGCAAUGAUUAAGUUGCAGAGCUGCUGCUGGUUAUGUCUUGUCAUUUAUCUCUAUUAAUCUGAGAAUAAUCGAGAUGAUAAACACAUGUAAUUUUUGCUAAUGUUCAAUAGAUGAAAUUUAUAGUUUCUUAAUCGAACCCAAAUACUGCGCAUGUGUUGUGUGUGUGUGUGUGUAUGUUUUAUUAUUGUUGUCGUGUUUUAAGCAAACAUACAAUUAUCCAUAGAAUUACAGCAACAGAAAAACAUACAGCAUUAUGCAGUGAUUUCAACUUUCUUGAGAGCAUCUUCCUUACCGGAAUCUGAUAUAAAUAAAUAAAUAACUGUGUGCAUUUGUAAUUCUCUGGGGAGUCUGCAAAAUAUGCUGAGGUUUGUGAUUAUUGUUCAGGGACAAAGCUAGUUUUAUUUUUUAAAAAUACUUUCCCGCUUUCAUCCUUUUUUUUUUUUUGUAUUCUACAGCAUUCUGUAUUUAAGGCCUCAUAUCUUUGUAAAGCAAUACAGGUAUGCAUAAAAUAAGGUGUGCAUAUUACUUGAUCUCUAAAGGGUUUUAAUGUCUUUCAGCAAUUUGUAAACCUUUUGUUCUGCUUGUCAAGCUGGCAGUGGAGGUUGUGUCAAGCUUUGUUCUCUUCCUACAUUAAUUGUGACUGAAGAGCAGCUUCACAUGUGAAUUUAGACGUUGGGGAAUGAUAUGUGCAGUGCAAGAGAGUUGAGCUUCCUGUUUUUGCAUGUCUGGCAGAUUUGUUUUUAAGGAACUUAUGUGAGGUUGUUGUACAAGGAGAUUUUGCAUCUGGAGCUUGUGCCUUCCCUCUAGGCAACUAACUUUCUAAGCAUUAAUUAUUAUUAUUUUUUUUAAAAAAAUUAUAUAUCACUUUUCCUAUAAAUCCCAAGUUGGUUUAAAUCUUCUUCUUUUUUAAAAAAACAACAACCCACCACCCCACAUUAAAACAAGGUAAAUAAAAGCUUGCUUGUUGGUUGUUUAGUCAUGUCCAACUCUUCGUGACCCCAUGGACCAGAGCACGCCAGGCACUCCUGUCUUCCACUGACAGUUUGGUCAAACUCAUGCUGGUAGCUUCGAGAACACUGUCCAGCCAUCUUGUCGUCUGUCGUCCCCUUCUCCUUGUGCCCUCCAUCUUUCCCAACAUCAGGGUCUUUUCCAGGGAGUCUUCUCUUCUCAUGAGGUGGCCAAAGUAUUGGAGACUCAGCUCAGGAUCUGUCCUUCCAGUGAGCACUCAGGGCUGAUUUCCUUCAGAAUGGAUAGGUUUGAUCUUCUUGCAGUCCAUGGGACUCUCAAGAGUCUCCUCCAGGACCAUAAUUCAAAAGCAUCAAUUCUUCGGUGUUCAGCCUUCUUUAUGGUCCAGCUCUUACUUCCAUAUAUCACUACUGGGAAAACCAUAGCUUUAACCAAACAGACCUUUGUUGGCAAGGUGAUGUCUCUGCUCUGCAGCCCCAGCCCUGCCAUUCUGGGUCUGUGGGUGGAUUGAGCGGAGGCAUCCCUCUGUUUGCUUCUUUUGGCUCACCCGCUGAAUUUGUGGCAAGCAGAAGUUCUCCUGGCAGUUUCCCCACUUUCAGAGCCCAGUGGAUAACCACAAAACGGGGUGUUCCAAGGGCUGGGGUGAGGCAGGGCUGAGUUGGCCUGGGAUCCACUGGAUCUUGGGCUGCUCUCACAACUGGCUUUAGCCAGCAUUGGACCUGAUCUGGCUCCAGCUCCUGUGGCAGCCGGAAGCUGGCAUGAGGAUUGGGCCCAAUCUGCCUGCCCCAUCUUCUGCUGUGAAUGCCAUGCUGCGGAUACGCAGGGUGUUUUGUCCCACUCCGCAGAGUCUCGGCGGUGGCAGAUUUGAAUUCCAGUCCAAAACACAAGAAAUAGACACUUUAGCCAAACAGUCCCUCGAGACAAGUUAUUGGUAUCCCACGAAAGCAGAGUGAAUAAAUGCAUUUUCACGAGGCACCAAAAACUCAACCAUCAUUAAAGGCAGUUACCUUAAGUUCUUGCCUUUAAGCGGGGAGCAGAAGAACUGCUUUAGGAACUCUUGAUGACUUGGGCAUGGUCAGUUAAUUUUUUACUAAACCUUCACGGCAUAUCACAGCUUGCUUUUGAAACUCGUCAGCUUUUUUAAAAAAAUAAUAAUAUAGUGAUAUAGUGAGUUGCUGCUGAUUUUUAUUUUUUUUAAUGCAUCCAAACCUCCCUUUAGGGCUGAGUGAGAUCUGGUUUUCAACAUUGUGAAUAUCACUAGCUAAACAUAGUGAUAUACCGAUAUAUUGUGAUAUCGUGAUAUCAGCAAUAAGGAUGAAACUAUGUAGAGGUGAGGGACACGGGUGGUGCUGUGGGUUAAACCACAGAUCCUAGGACUUGCCGAUCAGAAGGUCAGCGGUUUUAAUCCCCGCGACGGGGUGAGCUCCCGUUGCUCGGUCCCUGCUCCUGCCAACCUAGCAGUUCAAAAGCAUGUCAAAGUGCAAGUAGAUAAAUAGGUACCGCUCCAGCGGGAAGGUAAACGGCGUUUCCGUGCGCUGCUCUGGUUUGCUAGAAGUGGCUUAGUCAUGCUGGCCCCAUGACCCGGAAGCUGUACGCCGGCUCCCUCGGCAAAUAAAGCGAAAUGAGUGCCGCAACCCCAGAGUCGGUCACGACUGGACCUAAUGGUCAGGGGUCCCUUCACCUUUUUAUGUAGAGGUGAGACACAGGCACACACAUACAAACAGAAGGGAGGAAGCGAGAAGGGAGACAGAGACAUAUGGGAGACACAGGAGAAAAGAAGGGGACAAUGGGCUCCCAGUGUCUCCUUCAACCACUACCAGCCUGGUGGCUGCUCUUGAAACAAAAAGCUCAUGAUUUCUAUAUUACUGAGGAAAGUUCCUGGGUAGACUGCUUUCUUCUGCACAUGCUCUUGUGCUUCAGUGCCCUUUGCAGGAGGAAGGAGAGAGCUGAGGCAGCAGAGCAACAGGGGUGGCAGGAAUUGUGAGAGAAGGCCAUGGCAAAGAGCAGGGGUAGGCCCGGGGGCCAGAUGCGGCCCAAUCGCCUUCUCAGUCCAGCCUGUGGACGGUCCGGGAAUCAGCGUGUUUUUACAUAAGUAGGUUGUGUGCUUUUAUUUAAAAUGUAUCUCUGGGUUAUUUGUGGGGCCUGCCUGGUGUUUUUACAUGAGUAGAAUGUGUGCUUUUAUUUAAAAUGCAUCUCUGGGUUAUUUGUGUGACAUAGGAAUUCGUUCAUUCCCCCCCCUCCAAAAAAAAAUAUAGUCCAGCCCACCACAUGGUCUGAGGGACGGUGGACCGGCCCACGGCUGAGAAAGGUUGCUGACCCCUGGCAAAGAGGCACAUUUUCAGCAUAUGACGAAAACACUAGUAACUGUAUUUUGGGGUAUGCUUCUAGGUAGCAUAAAGCUUACGUCUAGCAACAAACGGAUAUAUUUUUAAUUGUUGAUAGUCAAUUAUGCAUGUUCAGGAAAUACACAGAGGAGCUUGAUUUGCAUCAGUGAUUUAACUCAGCCCUGUGUGCGUGAUAUUUUAAAUCCAUCUCUGCAACCCAUGAGACUCUUGACUCUUUGUAAUUUUUAUAUUAAAGACUACAACAAAGUAAACUAAUUUAGGGUUACCUGUGCAGGCAGUUGUACUGAAUGUUUGUUGGCCUGUGGAAGUGGUAUGCAGUUAGUUUUACUGAGAGAAGACCCACUGAAAUUAAUGAACGUUACUGAGUUUGGUUCAAUAAUAUCAGGGUGUCUAUUCUUAGUUGAAUAGUGGUUCGAAUCCCCGUGAUGGGGUGAGCUCCUGUUGCUCGGUCCCUGCUCCUGCCAACCUAGCAGUUCGAAAGCACGUCAAAGUGCAAGUAGAUAAAUAGGUACCGCUCCGGCGGGGAAGGUAAACGGCGUUUCCGUGCGCUGCUCUGGUUUGCCAGAAGUGGUUUAGUCAUGCUGGCCACAUGACCCGGAAGCUGCACGCCGGCUCCCUCGGCCAAUAAAGCGAGAUGAGUGCCGCAGUCCCAGAGUCGGUCACGACUGGACCUGAUGGUCAGGGGUCCCUUUACCUUACCUUUUGUUCUUAGUUGAAUUAAAGUACCCUAUUCUGAACCGGUUGGAAUCAAACUCACAGAUCAGGAAACACUUACUCUCCUGCAAGUCAUUCUUGACAUCUUGGCCAGUUCUCACCUGUGCUUCAUGGUUGCAUCUAGGGUUGCUGAGAGAUAGGUACAGAGGAUAUUGAUAUACCAGGCCUCCAGCUUACUUUAAAUAAAAUAAAUAAAAUAAAAUAAAAUAAGCAAGCUGCUAGUCUUCCUAGAAUGUGGGUCUAGGAUUACAGCCUAGGUUUUGGUUUAGUAAAUUGGUACUGGGUGGGGGAGAGCAGAGUUCUUGUGGCUUUAACAGUUAGGUGGCAGGCAGAAAUUCAACAGGUCCUUUUCUAACAUGGAAAUACAAUUAUGGGGAAAGUCUCACUUGUUCACAUUCUGUCUGUCAGACAUUUCAUUACAUGUGUAGCCACUGAUUUAUUUUUGGGCUUUCCUCAGCACCAGAGCCUAGGGCUUGCCGAUCAGAAGGUCGGCGGUUCAAAUCCCUGCAACGGGGUGAGCUCCCGUUGCUCGGUCCCUGCUCCAGCCAACCUAGCAGUUCAAAAGCACGUCAAAGUGCAAGUAGAUAAAUAGGUACCGCUCCGGCAGGAAGGUAAACGGCGUUUCCAUGCACUGCUCUGAUUCGCCAGAAGCAGCUUAGUCAUGCUGGCCACAUGACCCAGAAGCUGCACGCCGGCUCCCUCGGCCAAUAAAGCGAGAUGAGGGCCGCAACCCCAGAGUCGGUCACGACUGGACCUAAUGGUCAGGGGUCCCUUUACCUUUAACUUUAUUUAUCGAGCAUAAAACUUAAGUCUGAGGGCAUUCUUCACCCUCCCACAACUCUUGGAAGAUUUUGGACUAUAUUUGGCACAGAUAGGGAAGCACCUUGUUGUUGAUUUAACAUUUGAUUGUCCCACACCACACGUGUGCAAAUUUUACACAAAUCUGUGUCCUCUUUUGCUAGUGGGCUGGACGGCCCAAUCCACAUACAUUGUAUUGGACCUAGAAAAUCUUAUUGGCACCCCUGGUUGCAUCCCUUAGGAAGUAAGGAACCUCCAGCUUCUGUUUCUCAUUUAUAUAAGAGAUCCACCCGAAGUGUUGUAGUAGCAGUGCAUCUGGGAGUUUGGGGGUUCAUGUAAAUGGUUUAAGGACAUGGAGAUUCCUGACUGAUGUUAAAUAAGGGGUGUUAAUGAAAUGACUUCUUGAUCCAUCUCAGCCCAGUGAUUCUGUGACCUUGUAAGUAUUAAGAUGUUUAACAGCUUUCAUGGCAACUGUCUCUAUGUUCCACCUUCCCCUAGAUUUUCUUCUUGUGACAAAACCCUUGGAUACUUGUGGUACAUACCAGCAUUUUUCUUCAAAGCAUUAGUGGGUAUACAUUAAAAUGAAAACAGAAGUUACGCCAGAAUCAUGGAAGGUUGUAGGCAUAGAGAAAGGCUGGACUAUAUUGUGGAAGGGGGUGAGAAGAGAGGGAGAGAAGAUUCGUCUUUGAGCAGUCAAACGAUAAUUUGAAAUAUCUGCGGGCUUUUCAAGUGAAAGGGGCUUACUUGUCAAGCAUGACCUGGGUUGUGGCAUUUUUGAUGGAUAAGUCAAAGGCCUCCUAGCUAAAAUGUAUUAAAUUUUACCAGUUUUUUUUUAAUUAAAAAACAACAACUUAUAGUUAGAAAACCUUAUUUUACAAUAUUAUUUCUAUUUGCUCUGGGUUACUACAGCUGUAAGUGACUUGGAAUGUCCAAAAGACAUUAAUUGCCUGGUUUUGCAGACCUGCUCCCAUUUAAAAGAAUAUUUAAUUUUAAUACAAAUUGCAUUGUUGGAAUAUUCUGUCCAAAGGGUAAGUGCAUUGGCAUUGUUUUUAGAAACAACAUUAAGGAGUAAUUACCACUUAUGUAGGGCAGCUCUGAAGCUGUCAUUGAAAAUACCAUAAAUUCUUGGAACAUUUCUCCAAGAAAAAGGUUGAAAGUAGCCAGUGAUGGCUGCUGGGCUUUCAUUUUUCUGUGACUGGUAAAUGAAACGCAUGCAGCCUCACCAAACUACAUGACUAAUGACAACCUCUAGUGGCUUCUGCAAUCAAAGAUUAAUUUGCUUUAUCAAGUUUAAAGAAUAGUAGGUGAUAAAUCAUGUCAGAAACACAUAAUCAGUGGCAGGCUGAUGUUCUUUCGCAAAGUGGAGGGCAGGUGCAAUGGAGAAUUUGUAUCCACAGACAUUAAAUGCUGUUCCCGCACUCUUGUGCUAAGUCCUAAUUUUUAUUGCGUCGAUUUUUGAGCCGGACAACAUCCUUUGUCAAUUCAACUAAUUUUUUAAAAAGGAAUUGGCUUACCCUUUAAAAAUGAAGUGCAUUUUGAGGGACACUUGCUUUCACUUAUGUAAAAUAAUUGUUGGGUAUACAGCAUAUUUAUAGCAUCUCUUUUAAACAGCUGAAUGUGUGACUCGGAAUAAGGAUCUAAGGGUGAUUGUGUACCUAUGUUUUCCCCCUUUUAAUUAUUUAAAGAAGCCAGGUAUUUGACAAAUUCAGCCCAAUAUGAUACAUCAUAAAAAUUUGUGAAUGUGUCAUGCAUUCAUAAAAACAUUUGCUUGAAUGCAAAGCAUUUGGCUUGCCUCAGAUGUACACUGGGAUAUAUUUGAGCUUUGCAAGAUGAGUCCACUAUGGAUUGUGUGGCUAAAAUCCAGCGAUUCAGUAUAACCAUUCCACAAGUAUUCAGUGGAGAUAGUAAGCAACAGUUCUAAAAAAGUAAAACCACUGCGUUUUUAAUUGCGUUAAUUUUUGAAGGGUGUAGGUAUUAUUCUAUGCACAUUUACCUAGGAAUAAACCUUAAUGGACACAGUGGGCUUGUUUCAAAUGCUUAUGCAUAUACGUUUAGGUUAUAAAACAAUAUAACUGAAAAUCAGCUAUGCAGUCCUCGUAUUUUAAGGACACAGGUAAGGCAAACGUAGAGGUGAUAACGCUAGUUGUUUCUGAGAACGUGUCAAGUGCUGACAUAAGCUAUCCAGGACUCAUCAUUCAUUGUUGACUACCGUUUGUUGUUUCAUGUCUUGUGGUGAUAGGCAGUCAAGAUGCAUUGAGAAUCCGUAUAUACAAUGGUUGCUCUUGCAGUAACUAUUUGAAUUGGAAGAAUUCCCCACCACCACCCCACUUGAUAAUUAUCUUCUUUUUUAAAACUUGAAAUGUAAAUACAGUGAUGUUUUUCCCCUCUAGCUUACCUCUUCUGGGAAUGGUCAUUCUGCCCCAUUAGUGUCUGAAAAUGAUGUGGACGCAGUAGCAUAUUAUAUGUGGAGAGAAUGAAAGCAAUACUCCGUAUUAAUUUUUUUCUUUUGAGCUGAUGUAAUGCUAGAUAGCAACCUUUCUGAGUCAAAACACUUCCCUUAAAUAUGAGGUUUUUUAAAGAUCAGAGUUGAAUAAUUUAUUGGCGUUUUUGUACAGUGUAUUUGUCAUUGCCUAUUUGUAGAAGUGAAGGCAUCUCUGUAUUUGCUUUUUACAGACACGGCUGCAUUUUCCUGCAGUCUGAUCCUAUUAAACUGAAAUGUCUGCUUGCCAUAGACUUACCAUAUAAUUAAAGAUACUGAUCAUCUGUGUGGCAUUAAAUGUAUACCAUCUAUGCAACACUAUUUGAAAUAGAGAAAAUAUUUCCUUAUUCUUCUUGAAUAAAGCUAUGAUUAUUAUGUUUUAAAUCCAUGAAUUCUGAUCCAUGAAUCCAGUACACUCCAGAUUUUCCUUCUCCUCCACAUUUUUCUGAAGAACUUAAGAUGUAACUUAAAUUUAUGCUAUAUAGAACUUUUGUUUUAGAAUUAUUUAGCAUGGACUGUAUCUAAUACUGCUGGUCCACUCAUGCAACACACUUCCACAUGCCCAACAGAUCUGCCUCUUGAUUUUAUUUCCCCUCCGGCCCCCUACACGCCCUCAAAAUCUACUCCAGGGUGUCGGAAACCCUCUGGAGCAUUUGGAGUGAGGAGCUGAAUGCAACCCAAUGCCUUAAUUGAUAAUUAAUAAACCAAAGACUCUGACUCAUUACAGCACACAGCCACAAAUUUAAAUGCAGUAUAUAAAAUUAAAAUAUAAUUACAAAAACAUGAAAUAAUUCUAAAAUGAACUCAAAUAAAGGCCCCAGCCACUGGUCACUAAGGGAACCAUGAUUUCACUCCAGAAUGCUUCUGUAACAUUUAAAAACCUCAAUGCCAGGUGGGCAGGACCAAUCUUGUAAGUCUUUCCCAUGCAGUUGUUGGAGCAAAGGAUAUAGUUUUGGUGUCUUAAAUGCUGCAGCACAAAAAAAUGAAACCAUAGGAAAGUGACUCCCACAUACAAAGAGCAUCUGAAAGCCAGUCUGAACUUAAUAUUUAUAUUUCUUCCAUAAAAUAGUUAGGCUUGGUCUUAAUCUUCCAUGAGUGUAUUUGUUUACUUAAGGUAAAGAGCAUUUUAAACAUGUAUCUACCAAAUAUUAAGGAAAAAAUAAUGAAAAACAUGAUUGUAAAAAGUAGAAGCUGUUUUCUUAACUGCUGUCUAGUUCUGUGGACAUUUGUGGAGCCAGGAUGUCCAUGUCAGAUGUCUGAGUUAAACAGAGGUCAAAACAAGACCUUGGUCUUCUCCAAGGAAUCCUGCUAAAACAUCUACAAGGGAAGUUGUCUCCAUGGGACACUAGAGACAAACAUUCAAGCAUUCUUAAGUUGGUCAUUUUGGAAGACUCUACCUCUACCUCCCCGGGUGAGUUGGCUGGCCAAAUUAUUUGGUUUACUGGCCCUUGCCUUAUUUUGUAGCCUUUGGCUCCGUUGAGACUAGAGGGGCAGAGGUACUGUAGGGAACUCAUCCUCUUGAGUCUAAAUAUGAUGGGAGGGUAGUGCUGGUGGGCAGUAAUGCUUCCAACUACCAGUUCCUGGAAGCCACAGGAAGGGAGAAUUCUCUUGUGCUUAGGUCCUGCUUAUGAGUGGCCCAUAGUCAUUUGGUUGGCCACUUGGAGAAUAGGAUGCUGUACUAGAUGGGCCAUUGGUCUGGUACAGCAGGCUGUUCUUAUGUUCAUAUAUCCUCCAGCUGGGAGGGACCUGAAUGAGUUUUUGGUGAUUCUUCUCUCCCACCCCACCCCCCAGGAAAUAGCCUGGACCUCUUCCUCAUCUGGGUCUCCAGCCAUGUACUACAAGGUCCCCAGGCUGUGGGUUAUGACAGCUCUGUCCUCUGGCUCUGCAGAUUUAUUUCCCAGACAUAGGCAUGCCUGAUUACCAAGAAACCUGUUAUCCCAUGUUGCAAACUGCAAACUCCAUCUUGUGGUGACACAGACAUGUCUACAGUUUAGCAGGCAGCUGUGAUGGUGUGCUUCUGUCACUUACUUAAAACAUUUUUUUGGAUGCCAGAUUUUCUUGCCCCAUGUCCUGUAAUUCUAAUGUUUUACUGUUUCAUCGUUAUCUUUUAUUAGAACUAUUAUUAUUUUAAUAUUUGUAAACUUAAUUUGGAUUUAUUUUUUAAAAGGAAAGUGGUAUAGAAAUGAUUUAAAAUAAAUAAAUCAGGUAUUCUGUUAAACCAGGCAAGGGAUGGAAGAAGCAGCAGGAAGAGAGUAUUCAAACUCAUUGCUUGUUCCCAAAAUGUCCAAACCAUCAUACGAGGACAUGAACAAAGACCAAAGAAAAAUCACAAGGGAGUGGGUGACUAUGUCUGAAGAUGCAAAGGUAUCUUCAUUCCUAACCAUGCAGUAAUCCUAAAUUAUAAUUGCUGUUUGCCAGAACAGCAAUCACCUGUGUUAAUUAACUGGGAGGUUGCUCCAAGGUCUUAAACUAUUAAGAUGAAUGCGUUGAAGAUCUACAUUAGCCUGCUUCAUGGGGGCUCCCUUUGGCAUCCUGCAGAGAGAGGUACAAAAAAGUAAAUGCUACUAUUUCCAUCAAGUACAGUGGUACCUCAGGUUAAGUACUUAAUUCGUUCCGGAGAUCCGUACUUAACCUGAAACUGUUCUUAACCUGAAGCACCACUUUAGCUAAUGGGGCCUCCUGCUGCUGCCGUGCCACCGGAGCACGAUUUCUGUUCUCAUCCUGAAGCAAAGUUCUUAACCUGAAGCACUAUUUCUGGGUUAGCGGAGUCUGUAGCCUGAAGCGUAUGUAACCCGAGGUACCACUGUAUGAGGGAGCUUGAGCCUCAACAGCUAAGAUCUUUCAAGAUCACUGAAGUCUAGGUAGUCCAUGAAUGCCAGACUUAACUGCAGAUGUUCCCAGCAGUGACAACAUUCUCCCCUUCGUUUGUGGUUCCUCACCACCCCCCUGUUGAUCUCAGUUAUGGAAAAGGAAGAGGCUGAUAGUCUCUAGGGAGUAAUAUAGAACCAAAUUGCCUUGCAAUAGUCUUCGAUUCUGAAUAAUCACUUUUUCCUAUCUGCAUUGAACAGCCCAUGCCUCCUAUGAACUGUUGAGCAUGUUAAUUUCCUUGUAGAUAGCCCAUUCCCUUGACCAGGCUUCAUUUCUAGAUGCUUCAUAUCAGCUCGCUGCUUUGAAGAUCAAAUGAUUGGCCCCAGUGCUGCAAGAAACGUGGUGGUGGUCCCAAUAGAACACACUAAUAUGGGGGGCAUCCAUUCAGAAACAAGGAACAGGAUUAGAAUGCUACAGGUGCAAGCCUCACUUUUGGAGGAGCAGUUAUUAACAUGGUCCAAUCAAGAGUAAACAAUGAUUACUUAUGUAAACUCUAAGCAGGCCAGUUGGUCCUUCAGGUCUCUGCUUAGGAUCUCAUAUUAUGUGUAAAGGCACAUUACUUGCUCUAGUUCUUGGAAUCCCAAACUAUGUGAAUAUACAACUAUGUUCACAUAGCUUAUAAAGAACAGUGUUGCAGACUGAUCACUAUAAGUUAAGAGCCAAUCAGUAGUAGGGGAAAUAUAUAUAUAUAUAUAUAUAUAUAUAUAUAUAUAUAUGCGCCAAUCAGUAGUAAGGAAAAGAACAUAGCAUAUCAAGAAAAUCCUAUAUUUAACCAAAGCAUGUGAAAUAUAUAGUGUAAUUAGAAGGCUCUGGAGAGCCCAUUGUGUUCCAGCAUGGUGCAAUGUUAUCAAAGUGUACCUUCACGAUAUUAAUGGUAUUUACUGUGACUGUACGAUUAAAUAAGAUGGCCUUGGUUAUGUUUCAUUAUUUGCUUUUUAACCUAAAAGAGCUUUCUUGUGGAAUUAUUAAAUGUACCUAAUGAACAAUCAGUGCAGCUUCCCCCUCGCACGUCCCGAAAAUGUGUAUAUUGUUGAAAAUCCUUUGUAGCUAGGAGAUUUAGCCAUAACUCCCAUUUUCUUAUGGAAAGUGUAGCUGAAAAUUAAUGUUCUUUUUUUGUCCAAGUUCAAAUCUUAUUACUUCGCUGAAAUUAAAACCUAAGUUUUAAUACUGUUCAAGUUGAACAGUAAGGUGUUGAGGGACACCUUAUUUUUGUAAGCCUGGCAUAUCUCGACCAGCUAAUUAUUUUAACUGUGUGCCAAAUUUUGUGUUGAUUACAUAAUAAGAAUGGCAAGAAUUGGAGUGCUAGUGGAUAGGUGGCACAUUCUCUAUGUGUAUUUACUCUUAGAUAUAACCUCAGAUUUGCCUUCAGCUACUAGAUAAAAGGUCAGAUUUUCCUAAAGUGGUUAAUAAGACAUAAAUAUAGACAUUUCACAUGAUGUACCAUGUAAAUGUAAACCUUUGUAGUUACAAGUUUUUGUGGCUGGAGAAUUGUUUUAAAAGGCAUGUAAUUUAUUAGCUAUCGGUAGCUGCUUUAUUGCCUUGCCGCACUGCAGUAAUAAAUAAAAGAAAGUGAACUGAUUUUACAAAUGGCACACAAGGUGCACAUUUUGUGAAAAAAGUCUUUUUUUUAAGAAUUGGCAUUAAAUCCUUUUUUUGUGAUGACAAAGAGGCUAAGAGUGCAAACUGUAUUUUCUGUUUAUCGAAAACAGAGUCUUUUUUUCUCGAGGGCAUUUUUUCCUAUGAUCAUCAAGGGAUUUCAAAAGCAAUAAAGUGUGGAAUCGUUGUUCGACUUGAACAGUAUUAAAACUUAGGUUUUAAUUUCAGUGAAGUAAUAAGAUUUGAACCUGUCUCACGUUACAGCACUGUAAGGCAUUUAGCAAUUGUAUUUUAAAGGAGGUUUUUAAAAUGCAUCUCACUUGUAAGCUAACAGUCUGUCUAAUAAUUAAUAGUUUCUCCUUGGUACGAACUGUGUUUUUUCAUAUGGGCUGUCUUGGUUUCGUUAAUAACAGAUUAUAAUAAUUAUAGGGUUGUUCAUUCUUAAUUAGCUUAAGCCCACAGCCACUUUUUGUUCUUCGCUCCAAUUGCUGUUGUGAUUAUACAUCUAACUUAAAUUUUGUUUCCUAAUUCUCCUCAUGAAAGCCUAAACACAUUUUAUGUCUAGAAUUAAUAAUGGAUCUUCUCCGAACAUGACUUGCAAAUACUGCAACGUUCAGUUUUCAGCAAAAUAAAAUUAAAUAAAACACACUCUUGUCUUACUUGUUGCAAGUAUAGCACACUUAGGUAGUUCUAACUCUACAUACCGAGGAGUAAGACCCAUUGAAUUAAAUAGGAGUUACUUCUGUGUAGACAUAAUUGAGAUUGUGCUGUUACAUUUGCAUUAUGUGAAAGCUACGUAAAGAUCUAAAAUGUAACUACCUGUACAAUAAUUUUUCUAAUGAGGUCUGAAUAUACUUAGAUAAUUAGUACCUUUUAUUAUUCUAAUGGGACAUGUUCAAAAUGGCUGGCAAUAUUUAACGUUGGAGAGGUGAGCUAUGAUCUUUCAGGAUGAUAUGAAAUACUAACAGCCUCGAUUAGCUGUAAGGUUUCUUUUCUUUAUUUUAGUAGAUGGUCUAGACUGUAAAUAUUAGAGGAUCUAAAAUAAAUCAACAUAUUAUCCUAAGGAUACAAAAUGUAAGCGCUGUUUGUGGUUGGGAACCUUUGACAGAUAGUUUGGAUGAAGCAGAUGAUUGCCCGCCUUUCGUAUCUGGCCUCCAUUACUAUGCCUGGAGGCAGUUUAGUGUUAUAGUUGUAUACUGAUGUCAGGAUUACUACUGAGUGGCUAGCAAUGACAGAUGUCUAUAAUUACAGGCAAUGCUUCCAGUAGUUCAAAAGAGCCAGCCUAUGUUGAACAAUUAUCUUAUUUCUGGCCUGCCAAAGAGUAGUGUUCAAAUUGCUAGUAUUAGCUAUGGUGUAGCCUUCCCCCUUCCCCCAAGGCUCUGAUAUAAAUGUGCAAAAAGCAUUCUGAUAUAUGGCUUAAAUCGCACACAGGCCCUGAUCCAGGAAACCUUGCAUGCAGGCAGUAGGCUUCAGUAUACUUUUUGCACUUGAAGAUAUCCUGUCAACUCAGAGGAGGAGGAGCCUGUCUGAAAACACACAGUGCAUGUUACAAGUCAUCAACUCUGCUACUGUUUAUUUGGUGGUUCAUGCAGGAUAUAGAAACAAACUCCUCACAUGCACCCUGAUUCCCCCACCCCCACCCCGCUCUGUACCUUUUACACAUAAAUGACAGCAUCCCAGAUAUUCAGCCCAUGCACACAAACCCAUUUCUGAAGAUCCCUCAACCUUGCUGGAUUGAAAUGAUUAUCUACUUUAAAUAAGGGCCCUGCUAUGCUUCUGAUACAUAGGAGAAAGACCCUUGCAAGAUGGAUUCUCUAAAAAUAAAAAGGUAAAGGGACCCCUGACCAUUAGGUCCAGUCUUGACUGACUCUGGGGUUGCGGCGUUCAUCUGGCUUUAUUGGCCGAGGGAGCCGGCGUACAGCUUCCGGGUCAUGUGGCCAGCAUGACUAAGCCACUUCUGGCGAACCAGAGCAGCACACGGAAACGCCGUUUACCUUCCCGCCGGAGUGGUACCUAUUUAUCUACUUGCACUUGGAUGUACUUUCGAACUGCUAGGUUGGCAGGAGCAGGGACCGAGCAACAGGAGCUCACCCCGUCAUGGGGAUUCAAACCGCCGACCUUCUGAUCGGCAAGUCCUAGGCACUGUGGUUUAACCCACAGCCCCACCCGCGUCCCUCUCUAAAAAUACCAUUGGCUAAAAAUAACAUUAGCCACCUUGUCGCAACUUUAAGGCCUACUUCACACAUUGCUUUUUAUGAUGUGGCAACUAACGUUCAUGUUGAGGGGGAACCAAUAGGAAGAAAUUAUCUUUAAAUAGGGGAAAUGUCAACGCAAGGCCUCUCAGAAUAGGAAAAAGAAAGAAUAUAACACAUUAUCAUAAGACUGUCAUAAAAGGCUAUAAAUAGAUGGUAUUUGUUGGUUGGUAUUAUGGAUAUCUUGAUGACAUGUCAUAUAUUUCUAGAGCAUAGCUUGGAGGUGAAACAUGCUUUGUAAGCAGACGAUCCUCGGUGUCUCUUUGGCUGGGAAAGAUUCUUAUCUGUAAACUUCGAGAGUUGUGUCAACACUGAGCUAGACGAAAAGACCCAUGGUCUGCCUGGGCAAGUUAGCUUCCUAAUUUUCCUAUGUGACACCAGCCUGUGUGGUCUGAUAGGAUGUGCCCUUCCUUUUGCACUGUUUUUAUGCCAUAGUGCAGCCUAAGGCCAGUGGGCCAUUAGCGGCCCAUGGGGGUCGUUUAACCAGCCCAUGGACCCCCACUGCCUGCUUGAGGACCCCUGCCACCCGCUCGGUCGGCUCCCAUCCGCCACGCUAAACCAGCGCAGAGCAGAGCGGGGACCACCUUCCAUGACGCGGGCCGCUUCCCAUUGGCUGCAGGAAGCUCCUGCAGCCAAUGGGAAGCUGUGCACACCUCCUCUGCACUGGCAGGAGCACCGGAAAUAGUGUUUGCGCAUGCGCACGCACACACACUCUGGCCCACCACAGCGUCAGCGGGACCGUGAAGAGGCCCAAGCCACAAAAACUUUGCUGACCCCUGCCAUAGUUGCAUAGUCUACUGAAGGCCCAUCUCUGCUCAACAGUGAUGGGGUGGAAAAGAUGGAGGUGCUUUCUCAAGCAGCAGUGGCAGCUCCAGGAAUUCUGAGAGUUAUGUCUGAAGAAUUUGGGGGGAGGCCAUCCUUCCACUUCUCCAGUUCCUGGUGUUAAGUAGCUUCAGGGAUCAGCCCCUUUCCCAUGGUGAUGCAAGACUUCUCCAUCCUUUGACCAUGCUGAACUUUCUGGUGUGCAGAAAUUUCUCACUGCCUGUAUAUGACUGCUUAAAGAUAUGUCAGAUUUGGCUGGGAGGGGAUUGCUGGAGAUGGGAGAGUAUCUCCUUUCCCCAGAUGCUUCUCUUACUGCCAGAAUUCCAGCUGUGCCAUAUUUGGGUACAGAAUCUGUUCAGAAUUCUUUUAAUUGGCAAGGAUGGGGGGCAUCUGAAUGAAAUGACAGUGUAUUUGCUAGCUACUUCACACCCAGGGAUAAAAUUCCAAACAGAGAGUUGAACAGGAAUCAACAGCUAUAUUUUCUUGCACAUACCAAAGGCACAGUCAAAAGAAAAUUCCAUUAUACAGUGGUACCUCGGGUUAAGUACUUAAUUCAUUCCGGAGGUCCGUUCUUAACCUGAAACUGUUCUUAACCUGAAGCACCACUUUAGCUAAUGGGGCCUCCCGCUGCCGCUGCGCCAACAGAGCACGAUUUCUGUUCUCAUCCUGAAGCAAAGUUCUUAACCCGAGGUACUAUUUAUGGGUUAGUGGAGUCUGUAACCUGAAGCGUAUGUAACCCGAGGUACCACUGUACUUUCCAAAGGGCUUUGUCCUUUGUACUCAAGACACUGCUCUAAAAUAUAUCUGUUUAGAACUAGCAUACUCACAUUUUACAUUUUGGAAAUUUUGACUUUAUUUUCUUCAUGGUGUCUUUAUCCCACUCUUCUUCCAAAGUUCUCAGGACAGUCCACCCUUUUAAAGGACACCAGUUGGGGGAAGGCUGGUGUAGACAGUAGUGACUUAGAUGGACCAAUUGUGCAGCUUGGUAUAAGGCAACUUCCUUCCUAUUGAUGCAAUUCAACACUGCACUCUUAAUGGUUCCAUCUCCACAAUCAUUGCGGUUUGCCACAUAGAACAAUCUGUCCUCCAUGCACUGUUAUAGGGGUUCUUGUGACACCACCACCCCCGAGCCAAUUUUAGGGGGUGGUGAAUGCCCCAUUGCACCAGCAGAAGCCUUUGUGCAGGGCUUCUACUGACGGGCUUGUUAAGUGAAUCCUGCCCUAUGUGUUUUCCCCAAACUCCUAUGCAGUGGCCAACUCAUUGUGUUUAUUAUCUCAGCUCAGCUAGUAAAUGUUUGACUGUCCUAAGUUAUCUGAUGACAAAAUGCUUUAAUGUUGCAUCUGUAUUACUGCUGGUUUCCUGCAGCAAAGCCUGAAUAAAGUUCAAGAAGUUGUAAGAGCUAAAACAUUUAUGCUGUGCCUCUUGGUAAUAACUUUACUGUAAUUUUGUGAAGAUCUGCUACCCAAAAUCUUAAUUCAUUAUUGCAACCCAUAUGAAACACAGAGAAUCAACAUUUUCUUUUCUUAGUUGCACAGUGUGAAGGAUUCAUUGUUCUAGUUUAAUUUGUUUCAUGCGGUGCUUCUGAGCACAUUCCAUACAGAGCUGUUAUUGAAUUUCUCUGACUGUCAUUAUAUAUCCAUACAACCUUUAGAAACCCUCAUUCUCAGUUUCCCAGUUUUAUAAUAUGCUUCACAUUUUAAGGAUUGACGUAAUUAGCUUCUUCUUCUUAGCUAAACAUGUCCGGGGCCGAAGGAUUGUAUGAACAAUAUAGUAUGAUGCUUUCAUUUAUUUAAUGAUGAUACCAUCUUUUCUCAGCCUAAGAUUAAAUUCAAAUAUACCACUUUCUGCAAUUUUGUCCCUGAAGUUGGAUAUUUGUCUCACUGCCUCCUGUAUUCUUUGCAGCAUACCACAACAUACCCUCCCCACCGCCCUAAAUAACUGCAAACCCUUUUGGAUUGCAGAAGAAAUAAGAAUAGGCUAUUCUCGUUUCUGUAAUGUUACCUUGUGGUAUUUUAAGUAUUGAAUUGAUUUGGGAAUAAUUUGAUUGGACACUGCUUCACCUUCUGAUCACAUUAUGUCCUGUAAGAAGAGAAACAUUAGCUAAUGGGAAUAUAUUUGAAUGGAGCUCAUUGCUGAAUCUUUCCUUGCUUUCAACUGAACCUAAUUUUUUACUUAGGGCAUAAGCACUGAAUAUGAGGGGGGCUUUUGUAAUUUAGCUCCAACUGAGAAUAUUGUAGCCCCACACUGCUGUGUUUGUUACACACGUUUUGUAUUAUUUGUGAGACGCAAAAUUCACCUGGAAGCGCCCUAUCAACUCUUCCCAGAGGCAUAGAGUUAUAAGAGUUUCCCAUAGUGUUAUAGACACCAUGUUUGAUGAAUCUGGGGAACAUAAGACUGAGUAGAGGCUAUUGCUCUGUGUUACAUGGAGUUAUCACUCCUACUGGCCUUGCCCGCCUUUUCUACCUGACCUCCGCAUAUUGGCAGAUCCAACUUCACAGGGGACUGUAUGAUCAAUAACCCACCCACCCCCUCAGCAGCAUAUGGGUAGAUUCCAUGCAUUGGGGCAAUAAAUUGCAUCUAAACCUGCAACCAGGAUUUGGAUUACAGAGAGGGACGAGCUUGUUGAGUCCAUCUCAGUCACAUCCCCAGCAGAGAAGUGGGACGCAGUGCCUGAUCUCAAGCUGAGACUGGCAUGAACCUGCAAGAACUGUCUGCAGAGGGGUUGCAUCUUGAAUGUUACAAGUGGGACCUGCGGCAAAUUGCUGCAGCUUCCUCACCACCCUAGCAGAAGACUAGCAUGGAACCAACAAGCCAAUCAGGGCCCCCACCCACCCAGGAAGAUGGAAGGCACUCAAGCAAAGUAUUCGGCUUUCCCCACCCGUUUUUAUUUUCCAGCACAAUCAAUUUUCCAAGGCUGCCAAGCAGGCACAUGCUCCAUUGGGCUGUAUUUGCCUUGUUAGGUUUUUUUUUUUUUUAAAGAAAACAACCAAAACCAUUCCACAGCCUGCGUAUGUUGUGUGUAUUUAUGAUACUUUUCUAUGCAAAAUUGUACUAGACAAAAUUGUACGAAGAGCAGGAUAAACACAAAUAAAUAGCAUAAUUCCGUAGCUGUUUUAAUUUAAGAGCUAUUCUUUUCCACAAUGUAUGGUAUAGCUAUGUUACCCACACAGCUAUUUAAAAUGACCCUGUCACAUGUGAAAACAAAUUAGAUUGUUGCUGUUAAUGAGCUUUUCAAUUUACUUAUUCAGUGGUUCAGAUAAGUAGAUUUAAGAGGUAAUGAUCCUGUUUAGCACCAAAGCUUAGCUGUCAGAUUCUAGUAGUUGAGGGACAUCUCCAGGGAUAAGUGUUGACAUAGAUCUUGAUGGGAUAAUAGGAAUCAUAGCGAAUGCAUGAUAAAAGGAGUAGCAAAAGCAGCAAGGAAACGGUGGAUUAAAGGAGUGUUCUUUGUUAAAUUUGACAUCUCUCCCAGUGUUUCAUUUGUUAAGCCAUGAUCUGAAUGUUAAUUGACAAGAGAACAAAAUGCUACCACAUAGCACACAGCUUCCUAUCCUUCUCGUAUAUUUUUAAUUUCGUUUUCAUACAAAUGAUAAAUAUUCAUACGCCUUGCCCAAAAUGUUGAAACAAAAUCUAAGUUUGUUAAAGAAUCCUGAAAUAUCAUUGCAUGCAACGUCUAGGGCUUGUCCACACAGGAGUUUAAUGAGGAUGUAAAUCCACUGUGUGUCAUUCUUGUGAGUGGCAUCCACACAACAUCCUUUCCACCUAUUGCCACAUUCCCUGCUUCCCUGCUCUAGUUAUCGCCCGCUUGGACUACUGCAAUGCGCUCUACGUGGGGCUACCUUUGAAGGUGACCCGGAAAAUACAACUAAUCCAGAAUGCGGCAGCUAGACUGGUGACUGGGGGCGGCCACCGAGACCACAUAACACCGGUCUUGAAAGACCUACACUGGCUCCCAGUACGUUUUCGAGCACAAUGCAAAGUGUUGGUGUUGUCCUUUAAAGCCCUAAAUGGCCUCUGCCCAGUAUACCUGAAGGAGCGUCUCCACCCCCAUUGUUCUGCCCAGACGCUGAGGUCCAGCGCCGAGGGCCUUCUGCCGGUUCCCUCAUUGCAAGAAGCAAAGCUACAAGGAACCAGGCAGAGGGCCUUCUCGGUAGUGGCACCCGCCCUGUGGAACGCCUUCCCAUCAGAUGUCAAAGAGAUAAACAACUACCUGACAUUCAGAAGACAUCUUAAGGCAGCCCUGUUCAGGGAAGAUUUUAAUGUGUGACAUCUUAGUGUAUUUUUGGUCUUUGUGGAAGUCGCCCAGAGUGGCUGGGGAAACCCAGCCAGAUAGGCGGGGUACAAAUAAUAAAUUAUUAUUAUUCCAUUUGCUCCUCACCUGAGCUCAACCUAGCCAUUUCGCUUCCAUCCGCCCAAAGGAAAGGACGCGGCAUGACUAUUUCACAAGCGAAGGCAUGUUUGUGAUGCAUUUCUAAAAAAUUUAAACUGCUGUUUUGCACGAAAAUGCUGUGUUAAAAAUGAAAAUGAACUUGCAGUUCAGGAAGAAUCAACAGCUCCAGGAGGUGGGAAAGUAAAAGGAAAACUUACUUCAUUCGCCAAGCUGAAAUGGCUUUCUGGUAUGGGGGCAGGAUUUGGAGAUUGAAGGCCCUGAUUCCACCUCCUGCCUGGCUGUUCUUUGCUUCUCUGCUGUGUGUAUAAGGCUGCUUGGCAUAAAACUGGUAAAUGAAAAAUUCAUUGAGAUUUCGAAAAAAGUUGAGAUAGAUUUCGGAGUUACUGAUUAAAGCACAUACAGAAAAAUUGAAGCACACAUGUAUUAAUGCUCUAGUGUAGACAUAGGAAUAGUAGAUGGUUCUGGGUUAAUUAGCUGGAAAGUCUAACUUUACUUUCUCCUUUAUUCUUAAAUAUGUGUUUCUCCAAGACUUGCAUGUCACUGUAAUUAUCGGUAUGUUCUAAACAGAUUUUAUGUAUGUGUGUAACUUUAAUUCUAUCAAUGUUUAAUAGUAUUUAAUGAUUGAUUUUUCUGUGUUAUUUAUGUUUUUUAUCUGUAAGCUGCCUUGUGUUCCUUCAGGGGGAAAGGCGGAGCUAUGGCUAAGACUACUACUACUAGUAGUAGUAAUAGUAAUGUUUCUACACAAAUAGAAACCAAUCCACUAAUAAAAAUAAUCUCAUAUAUCAAGUGUCCUUUGCAUAGUGAAGUACGUAGAAUUAAUCCCUAAUUUAUAACUUUUACUAUGUGCAUGUGUUGUGUGACUAUAACUAUUAAAUGUUUAUUUACAAAAAAAAAAAGUUGUGCUUCUGAAAGUGAAACAUUAAAUGUAAUCCUAAGAAAUACCUUAAAACCCAGUGGCCCAUCCAUCCAGAUUCCACAGAGAAAUAACUAAAGUUGGGCAACCCUUCUUAAUCCUGUCACCUACUAGGUAGAUCUGUGCUUUCUCUGAAUCUGAUUGUUGCUGUUCUGUAAUAGCUAUAACCUGGUGAUUAUAACCAUUACCUAAUCUCCCAGAAAAGCAAGGAUUUUUAUCACAGUAAAUGUGAUAAAUAUGAACAUAUAUGUACAGUAGAAUACCAUCUUCUUUCUGCUGAGUGCUUGUUAAAAUACUCUUUUCUAUUCUAAUAUAAAACUUUAUGGCAUGGGUAGGCAACCUAAGGCCCGGGGCCCGGAUCUGGCCCAAUUGCCUUCUAAAUCCAGCCCACGGACGGUCCGGGAAUCUGUGUUUUUACAUGAUUAGAAUGUGUCCUUUUAUUUAAAAUGCAUCUCUGGGUUAUUUGUGGGGCCUGCCUGGUGUUUUUACAUGAGUAGAAUGUGUUCUUUUAUUUAAAUGCAUCUCUGGGUUAUUUGUGGGGCCUGCCUGGUGUUUUUACAUGAGUAGAAUGUGUUCUUUUAUUUAAAUGCAUCUCUGGGUUAUUUGUGGGGCCUGCCUGCUGUUUUUACAUGAGUAGAAUGCGUUCUCUUAUUUAAAAUGCAUCUCUGGGUUAUUUUGGGGGCAUAAGAAUUCAUUCAUUCCUCCCCCCCCCAAAAAAAUAUAGUCUGGCCCUCCCACAAGGUCUAAGGGACAGUGGACCAGCCCCCUGCUAAAAAAGUUUGCUGACCCCUAGCUUAUGAGAUAUUUUAUGGGGGUCUCAAAUUGCUUCCUCAUACAAAGAAUAAAAUAGUAGCAUUUAUCCCCAAUAAUAAUAAAUAGGUAAAGGUACCCCUGCCCGUAUGGGCCAGUCGUGUCCGACUCUAGGGUUGUGCGCUCAUCUCACUCUAGAGGCCGGGAGCCAGCGCUGUCCGCAGACACUUCCGGGUCACGUGGCCAGCGUGACGAAGCUGCUCUGGCGAGCCAGCACCAGCGCAGCACACGGAAACGCCGUUUACCUUCCCGCUAUAAGCGGUACCUAUUUAUCUACUUGCACUUAAGGGUGCUUUCAAACUGCUAGGUGGGCAGGAGCUGGGACCGAAAGACGGGAGCUCACCCCGCCACGGGGAUUCGAACCACCGACCAUACGAUCGGCAAGUCCUAGGCACUGAGGUUUUACCCACAGCGCCACCCGCGUCCCAUAUAAUAAUAAAUACUUUAGGAUAAAUGCAAGAAACUAAAAAUAUUAGUCACCGUAGCUUUUCGACAUAUGGAUGGAUUCAGAAUUUGAGAAUAUAGUUGGCAGUAGGUCUGUGAAGUGGAUUCAGCCAAGGCCCAGCUCCUGGACUGAAUCAUUCUUAUUUGAGGGAAUCCAGGCAUUGCCCGAGUUGGAUUAAAAUAGCCAUGGAUUGCUGUGAGUCUGGUGGUCCAGAGCAAUUUGAAACUGUCAGGGUUGGCCAUCAAGCAAAAACAAGGUCAAGCAGGAAGAAGAAGCAGUGAAAAGGCCUAGGAUAGGAGAAGGGAGCUUCCUGACUGGCUGCAUUUUCCUGGGAGAAGGUGGGUGGCUUUGAGUUCUGGGGUUUGAGGCGGUUCUUUCAUAGCAAUUUUCUCACCCAACCCCUCCUUCCAGCAUCAUUUGUAGCUUGUUGUUGUUGUUUAGUCGUUUAGUCGUGUCCGACUCUUCGUGACCCCAUGGACCAGAGCACGCCAGGCACUCCUGUCUUCCACUGCCUCCCGCAGUUUGGUCAAACUCAUGCUGGUAGCUUCGAGAACACUGUCCAACCAUCUCGUCCUCUGUCGUCCCCUUCUCCUUGUGCCCUCCAUCUUUCCCAACAUCAGGGUCUUUUCCAGGGAGUCGAGUCUUCUCAUGAGGUGGCCAAAGUAUUGGAGUCUCAGCUUCAGGAUUUGUAGCUAUCAUCCAUCUAUUUCAGUCUGCUUAGUCAUCACAAGUUGCUUGAGAGAAACAGUCUUUCUUAACUAUAUAAUGCAAGCAGGCUUCCUCAACCUCGGCCCUCCAGAUGUUUUGAGACUACAAUUCCCAGCAUCCUUGACCAACGGUCCUGCUAGCUAGGGAUCAUGGGAGUUGUAGGCCAAAAACAUCUGCAGGGCCGAGGUUGAGGAAGCCUGGAUUAUAGAACAGGAGGAGGAGGCGGCAAGGAGAAAUACAGUUUGCCCAUAUUUUCAGCUUCAUAGUCACAACAGAACUGAAUUUCAAAACCAACACCCAACUUGCUGGUUCGCUGCUACCAAAGAAAGUGAUCUCUCUUCAGAACAAUACAUUUUUUAAAAAAUCAUAGUACAGUAAGCUAUUAAGAUUUCACUGUUGAAUUGUUUUUUUCCAGGUUUAUGCUCGAAUGUCAGAAGUUUUGGGAAUAA